AUGCCGCAGCCCAAAUCGCGGAAAAUCGCCAUCCUGGGCUACCGCUCUGUGGGUGAGUACCGGCCGGGGCUACCGGGGGGGGAGAGAGAGGGGGGAGGUACCGCUCUGUGGGUGAGUACCGGCCAGGGGGCUACCCCGGGAGGGAGGAGAGGGAGGAGUACCGCUCUGUGGGUGAGUACCGGGGGAGGAGGUACCGUCAGUGGGUGCGUGGUCUCUGGGUGGGGGAGGGGAGGUACCGAUCAGUGGGUGAGUGGUCUCUGGGUGGGGGAGGGGAGGUACCGGUCUGUGGGUGAGUGGUCUCUGGGAGGGAGAGGUACCGAUCAGUGGGUGAGUGGUCUCUGGGGGAGGGGGAGGGGAUGUACCGCUCUGUGGGUGAGUGGUCUUUGGGAGGGGAGGUAUCGGUCUGUGGGUGAGUGGUCUCUGAGAGGGGGAGGUACCGGUCAGUGGGUGAGUGGUCUCUGAGAGGGGGAGGGAGAGGUACCGGUCAGUGGGUGAGUGGUCUCUGGGAGGGGGAGGUACCGGUCAGGGGGUGAGUGGUCUCUGGGAGGGAGAGGUACCGAUCAGUUGGGUGAGUGGUCUCUGGGGGGGGAGGUACCGUCAGUGGGUGAGUGGUCUCUGAGAGGGGGAGGUACCGUCAGUGGGUGAGUGGUCUCUGGGAGGGAGAGGUACCGAUCUGUGGGUGAGUGGUCUCUGGGAGGGAGAGGUACCGAUCUGUGGGUGAGUGGUCUUUGGGAGGGGGAGGGGAGGUAUCGGUCUGUGGGUGAGUGGUCUCUGAGAGGGGGAGGUACCGGUCUGUGGGUGAGUGGUCUCUGGGAGGGAGAGGUACCGAUCAGUGGGUGAGUGGUCUCUGGGAGGGAGAGGUACCGAUCAGUGGGUGAGUGGUCUCUGGGAGGGAGAGGUACCGAUCAGUGGGUGAGUGGUCUCUGGGUGGGAGAGGGGAGGUACCGGUCAGUGGGUGAGUGGUCUCUGGGAGGGAGAGGUACCGGUCAGUGGGGGAGUGGUCUCUGGGAGGGGAGGUACCACUCUGUGGGGGAGUGGUCUCGCGGGGGGCUAUUAAGCCUUGGGUGUUGGUCAGCCAUUUGAGGUCUUUGCUUAGAUUGUACUCCUGGAAUGACCCUGGUGUUUCCACCACUUCCAUUCGUUACCCCCUUUGGCAUCCAGGUGAAUAAUUGUCUAUGUCCUGAGUCCUGGCCAGUUUAGUAGCCCUUCUUUAAACUCUCUAAAGUAUCAAUAUCCUUCUGGACAUAUGGUCUCCAGUGCUGCGUACAAUACUCAAAGUGAGGUCUCACCAGUGUUCUGUAUGGUAUAGAAUAUCCGCCGUCCUUAAGGGGUUCAACAGGAGGUUCUCACCUGACCACUAGGCCUUAUUUCCGUAGCGCUUUACGAUAUUUUACGAGGCGGGUGGAUUUAACUAUUACAAGAGAACCUACAGAAAUGAUAGGUUGACGAGGACCCUGCUCAAACUAGCUUAGCAUAUAGGAGGUGGGGUGUAAAACACAAUAGAACAGGAUUCUAGUGGUUAUGUUGCAAGGCUCUCUGUGGCUAUUUGUAUUAUGCAUCCAAAGGUAUCCUGCCAGAUGUCAAGGAUGGACUAUGCGCACGAGGCUGGUUACAACAGUGUCUGCUUCCUUCUUUCCAUUCUCGUGUGACCACGUAAUUACUGGAACAUUAGUGUUAAAAUUUAGUGGUUUAAUGCUCAAUGUUAUAAUCACUAGGUAUUAUGCUGUGGUUAUAGUGCAAGAAGUGCCCUUAGAACUGUUUGACAACUUACCUGAGUGCCACCAGGUGCAUGUUGCUGCAUACCCCUACAGGUGAAUAGCCCAGCUCAGCGGGUUUGAUCAUUGAUAUGCAACUUCAGCUGAGCGCAAUUGACCAUAGUCCUCUAUCUGCUGUGCUUGGCUGAUUAGUGCCAUCUAGCUUCUUCUGCCGGACAAGACUGGACCCAUGUAAGCUGUGCAAUCAAUCGUGGGCUGUAGUGGUUAUGGUGCCUGUAGGGUUCCUCUAAAGUAUAUUUAGUUUGUUGGGCCCACUGUGCACCCUAAAUAAGUUACUUGUCUGUAAUCAAGAGACCAGAGGGUCUCUAAAGUAGCUUUGCCUGCUGGGAGAUCAUAAGUGCAGCUAAUCACCCAGCCAAUUCUGUUCUCAUAGAGCACUUUAGGAGACAGAACUCAUGUACAACAAUCUCCUGUCCAUGCUGCACAAGCAGUAUAUCUCACAGGUGCAUGGGAUCCAGUGCUGCUUUUUCGGAAGCGUUUUUUGAGCUAGGACACAACGUAAUUGGUAAGACCGGGUGCAUUAUUGCAAUUUAUAAAAGUGUUUUUCGUUUUUGUUUUUUUUUAAAGAAAUUCACUUUUAUCAAAGUGCAAAAGAGGGGACACUUGGCAAACAAUGCCUUUUGGGUCUGGAAGUGUUCUUUAAAAGAUGUUCCCACUCAGUGCUGCAUAGCAUGAAUACUCACAUGGCUUCAUUUAGGAGGAAAGAAAUUAGAUGUGUUGGCACAUGUGGCUUGUGAGUGUCCAUUUCAUUUGUCACACACUUCCCAAUAUUUAAACAGUUAUCUGUUCAUGAUCUUACAGCAUGCACAUGAGAUUUUGGCUGUGUUCUGGUUUACAACAUGAUCUCUGAUUAGGCUGAAAUUCAGGAGUUAGACGUAGUAAUAAAAAAAUAAACAAUUGUUUGACGGAGGGGGGACACAUUAGGCAUUCUCCACAGAAAAGCAUUGAAUCAGUGCCUUCAUAUGGGGAUUUCGUUUGACCUUGUGUCAUUUCAUGGAGUCAAACUCUAUGAAAUUGCAGGAAGUGCUUCUAGUGACUCUGGUAGACAACCACUAAAGGCUGUCUUAACACUGCAAUGUAAACCAGGCCUAAUGGGGGCAGGAACACUUCACCCACACUACUUACUUGAGAUGGAGUGGUAUGGGUGUCUAAUGUCUCUCUAACGGUUUACUGCUAUAUCCUAGUCAUCCAGAGCAUCAGCCUACACCCCUACCCAGCCUCUAAGUGAGAGAAAGGCAAGUUAUUUUGUCUGCUCCACGCUGCCAUGAUUGUUGGGAAAAGGAAUAUUGGCAAAGUAUAUGCCAGCACAAUAUACAUGCUGAAUGUUCCUUUUUUCCACACAAUAUAUGACUAGUUGUCAUAAGGUGCUUUUCAUUUCCUUCAUUUAAGAGUAGAAGCUCCUGCUAGGCACUACCAUUGUAUCUCCUGAGAUAAAUCAUGCUAUGUAGUGCAAGCUCAUUGGCUUAAAGUUUCAAAUGGUUUGUCUACAUACCUGGGAUCUGGAGGGUGCUGGCUUCAACCUCCAGGUGCUCUCAGCAAUUGGCUAGCCAGACUGUGCAUUGGCUGAGAGCACUUUUCUCAUGAUCGCUGCCAACAAGUGUACCCAGCAUGGCAGGGUUUCUCUUGGGAAAGCUAUCAGAAGCUUGGUGCAGGACCUGCAGGCUGUUAUCUGCACCAUGGGCACCCCAGAUAUGCUGCCAACACCCUUGUGACAGAUCCCAGCAUUAAAGCCCAUCAUUUUGUUCUCCUUUUGUUCAUGUGGUUAUAGGUGAAUUACUUUGACAACUAAAGGCUUUGCCUAAAGGAACAAUGUUAUGAAUAUUUUACUUCCUUUUAACCUUUUAUACCCUCUCAUUUUAUUAAUGUAUAACUUUUUUAUUUACUUGCCUUGCUUACUCGCCACUUUUCUGACCGCCAUCUUUAUCCUCUUUCUUUCACAUUGUCUGUUAUCUGACCAGUCUUUCAAUAGUUGCGAAACAAACCGCAUUUGUUUUAAUUGUGUGGUUUAUUCAUGGAACAAGGGUGUGUUUUUUUUAUUUUUAUUUUUUUAUUUUUUUGUCAAGCAAUACAUUGUUCCCAAUGUCCAAAGGCAGUCGCAGAAAACUGAGCAUUGGGUCAGAUAACCUACAUAAAGGUGUGUAAAGAUGGCUUUUAGAAAGGAAGUUGGUGGUGUGUGUAUCUAUAGCUCUCAAAGAUAGUCAGUGGGCAAAGCUUAAAAUACUGCCAUGAAAAUUAUAUAUCUAUAUCACGCAAGUGUCCCUAAGUUUUGAUUAUAAAAAUAAAAUGCAUUUUAAAAAAUCAAUAAAAACGUGGGUAAACAGUGCAGGUUUUUUCUUCUGUGACUCUUGAGGAGUUAUUACAUUAUUUCAACUAAAAACUGGUGGCAUUUAAGGUCACACUCCUGAUUCUAGUCUGGAAAAAUCAACUGACAAAGUAUUGCUAGUGUUAUAUAUAGGCUUUUUCUAGAUUUGUGGGCAGACAAUGAUGAGGGUUCCCACAUGUUGAAAAGAACCAGCCUAGCGGUUUCAGCAAGGUAGAAUAAAGGAGACCAUGCAUUCAGUUUUAUGAAAGAAUCAAAAUGCUUUAGUGUGUUUUUUUUUUGUUUUUGUUUUUUUUUCUUCCCAACAAUUUUUUUGUUUUUUUUACUAUGCUAGUUUUACUAUAGGAAACUUUUUUUUUGUUCAGUCAUUACCUAGUCUUAAGUCACAAUGACCAUUAGGAAGCAAGUACACUUUUGGACACUAAAUGUGUUGAACAAGUGCUUGGCAAGUAGAAUAAAACCUCACCAAUAGAGGCCUCAUCCUCUUGCCAUGCAGUGGUCCAACCACAACUGGAAAUCACAGUAAAGUGACAUACAUUAGUGACCACCUUGAUUUUCAUUAGUUAUUGGACAUGUCUCAAUGAGUAACAAGGUCUACAUAGCAAGUGGGGCUGCUUUAUGCUUGCUACAAUCUCUACAUGUACCAAUAUAGGCACCCAGGCAGCUUCAUCUCAAUCAAAUGGUCUGACUGCAGUGGGCCUGUCAUUUUUAGUCUAGCAAUAUAAAACAUUACGGUUUGUUCUUCCGCUGCUAUAGUAAAGUUAGACUGUUAUCUUGACAUUGGGCAUAGCCACACACUGCAUGAGGACAUCAAAUGUCCUCCUAUGAUUAUCAAAGGGAAGCAGUGGAUUUGACAAUUCUGGUGCUUACCGCACAUGUUGCCCUGUCCCCAAUGCUUCUAUGAUUGGAUGAGAAGUUGUGAGGGAGACUGCCUGUGGGGCAACUUCACCAGAUGCAGAGUAGGCGAUGGCAUGAGGAGUGAGUCUUGGCACAGAGGCAAAAAUGUAUGUAAAAUUGGGCAUUCUAAAUCCGAAGUAGAACACUAUAGCAUUAGAAAUGCAUGUUUGUGUUCAAAAUACAGUUAGAAUGAAACUACAAAUUUGUUUUUCAUUUUUAACAUAUAUUAUCAUGCUACAUGUAUUUUGAUAUUAAAAUACUUAGACAUUGUAUGUGUAUAUAUACUUUGAGCAUUUAUAGUGUGUAACUGUACUUUAACUUAUUACAGGCAGCAGGGGGACUACCUGUAAUUCCAGGCACUCCCCUUGCUGGCACUGCUGUGGAUGGCUAUUCCGUCCAUGUGAUCGCGAAGUCCUCACAAGGACCUCGCGUUCACAUGGCACAGGAGGGCCGGAUCUGCAGCAAGGGUGCCAGGUAAGUCUUCCCCCUCCCCCAUAUAGCCGGUGAGCAGGUAAGUACAUAGGACGGCAUAGACGUGCUAUGCCGUCCUUGGGGACCCCACUCUAAACACUGGCAGCAUAGCACGUCUACACCGUCCUAUGCACUUACCUGUCCUUAAGGAGUUGAACACCUGAUUCCUAUCAAGGGGUGUCUGGUUCUAUUUAUUUUAGAAAGGUAAGCAGUCACAGAACAUUAAAACAAAUGCCUAGCACUUCUAAACCCAUAUUUUUUUUAUUUUAGAAUAGGCGGUCUGUUCAGCUAAAAAGUUCUUAGGCUGCAAAAGCUCACUUUGAUAUGUAUCAAAUUUUGCAAUGCAGAGUUAUGCUUGACUGUAGAUACUAUGUAAAAUGUGGUUCUUAACAUCUUAGUUUGCUCAAAGGGAUACUACAAAGCUGUGUUCCUGGCACAAUCUCCCCCAACCUCACACUCCCCUGCCUGGGUAAACUGUUAAAAAUAUAUUGUUUACAUACCUUUUCGGAGUUGGGCCGAGUUCUGACGUACCACGACAAGCAGGCGCUAAAGCACAUGCGAAGCAAAUUCUGCAUGCAUUUACCUUCCCAUAGGUAAGCGUUUAAAUUUUAUUUUUUACACAAUGGGGUAAAACCUGACACUGGGUAUCCUCAUGCAGAGCGUGAGGACGUCCAGCAUCAUACCGGACCAAAGGAGGCUGACUUAGUGUUGCAAUGUAAACAUGCUUCACACAGAUACAAUGUGACAGCAGAUGCAAGGUAUCUGGUGCAGCGCUGCAGAGCAUUCAUUUUCUGCUGUAUUGAAUUGCAUAUGAAAAGCCUUAAUUGGCAAUUCCAUCACACAGCUUACCAUAAAUAGAACAAUUUGAGCUUUCCAUUUCUUUUGUUUCCCUUACAAGGCAAAUUUGUUGCUGAAUCCAUUCACUCUUCGAAUUUUGAAUGCAGCUCUUUACUGAUGGGUGACUCUUGGCCAUUUCACACAUUAUAAAUUUUGAGUAGAACUACAGCAAUAUGAAAACUCCACUCUAGGUGCCACAUCACAAUGUAUUUAGUGGUUAUAUGAGCCUAAAUGCUGCUAUGGCCAAAUAACCAUGGCUUAAAGGACCACUAUAGUGCCCUGAGGGUGCCCCACCCUCAGGGUCCACCUCCCGCCCAGCUCUGGAAGGGGGAAAGGGGUAAAAACUUACCUUUUUCCAGCGCUGGGCGAGGAGGUCUCCUCCGAUCCUCUUCUCCUCCCAUGCGGCUGAAUGCGCAGGCGCGGCAAGAGCUGCGCGCGCAUUCAGCCAGUCGCAUAGGAAAGCAUUAUCAAUGUUUUCCUAUGGAUGCUUGCGUGAUCUCACUAUUUUUUUUUGAGAAGCAUGCAAGCGCCUCUAGCGGCUGUCAAUGAGACAGCCGCUAGAGGAAUUGGGGGAAGGCUUAACCCAUUCAUAAAACAUAGCAGUUUCUCUGAAACUAUGUUUAUAAAAUAAUGGAUUAAGGCUAGCUGGACCUGGCACCCAGACCACUUCAUUAAGCUAGAGUGGUCCUUGAAGCAUGCAGUGCCUCUUGGUUUCUCCCUUAAAGUCCUAUUUCUCCUUGCUUAUGCGGCUUUAUUGCUGGAGUCAGCCAAUCACAGGUGGACAAAUGCUAACACAGCUGCUGGACUUCUCAUGCAUAGAAGCAUGGCAUUCCUUUCCUGUUUUGAGAGAAAAGGGAAACUAGUUAAUCUCUUUUUAGUAAGAACCAUUACGCUGUUCCCCCAGCUAGUGUCGGUUACAUUGUGCAACCUGGUAAAUUGUUGAAUGUCCAAUUUGUAUAACCUAACUUGUGGUAGUUUUACAUUGGUAUGUUCAUUUUUUUUUUUUCCUAUGUAAAUGGCAUAUUCAAAUUACAAUGAUCCCCCUCCUUGUCUUUAGGCAAAUCUUCAUUGACAAUUCAGUUUGUCGAAGGACAGUUUAUUGACUCUUAUGAUCCUACGAUAGAAAACAGUAAGUAACUGUUUUUUAGUGUUUUGUGAGAGCCCUCGCAGAGAGGUAAAGUAAAAAAUGCUUCUAUGCUUUAGUGUGUGUACUUUAACAAUCUUUAGAGGAUCUUUUGUUUGGUGAUCCUUGUGGGGCCAAUCACACUGAUUAAAUGCCUGGGGUGUGAUACCCUCAACAUUGAAGGGGGGUGGGGGGGCAAUCCACUAAAUAUUGUGACACUGGUCAGUAUGGCGAUACAGUAGCGCCUUCAUUUAUAGUACUAAAUAUGUAAUUUAGGCAAUCAAAUGUCAUUUGAAUACUCUUAAAUGCUCAUGACUUGGUUAAGAGCAUAACAUUCUAUCUGUAUGCUGCUUGUUAAACUGCAUAACUGACUUUUUGGGGCUUCCCUUUUAUGCUACUAGUUUUACUUAUGCUUAGAGCUUUUUUAAUAUUUGAAACGGCUCUGUAUUUGUAUCUUCAAAAAUGUAACCCAAAACAAUAAAUACGUAAAACAUUGUGAGCAGGGUUCACUAACCAUAUUACCACUGGUGAGUAGAAAUUCACCUCUGUUGCUUAUGCUGUGGCAAGUAAACUUUUUGAGGCCUGACUAGUGGCAUAGAACUUCAGAUUUUAAGCCUUGCAUGUGAGUAAUUUUUAUAGACUUUUUUUUUUUUUAAAGGUAAGCCCAAGUGAUCACAACUUGGAAAAUAGACCAAUUCUGUUCAAGGUGGAUGGUUCCUUGCGUGCAGGGUAUAAUGGUUCAUACAAACGAUGGGUUGGGAAAAUUAUGUUCUGAUCCGAAUUUUACUUUUGCAGCAUUUACUAAAUUGAUAUCUGUGAAUGGACAAGAUUAUCAGCUACAGUUGGUGGAUACUGCUGGGCAGGUAUGUGCUCUGUUAUGAGUAGUGAUAACUAAAUUUUUUUUUUUGUUUGUUUUUUAUAGUGGGCACACCAUGUUAAGUUCCUGUUUUUUACUCUGACUGGUAAAUAAACCAAAAGAAUAAUCUUAAAGGAACACAAACCUGUAUUCCUGACCCUAUUGUGUUAAAAACAUGUGGGGCCCCCUUUGCCACCCCUAAAUAUAGUAUUCCAGUUUGCUGGCUCCUGAUCUGCCUUCUUGACUGACACCUUUAGAAUAACUAAACUACAGUUUGAUUCUACUGUCUCACAGCGCAGUGUCUGUGUCCCCUAGACUUCCCAUGUCUCCCAUUGUCCCCCUAGUGUCUCUCGGGAUCCCCCUGUGUUACAUGUUAAAAACUCCCCUUCCGCUUGUUACCCCAUCUCUCACUUUCCUGAGCUGCUGGCUGGACUUUCUGGCAGAGCUGCUCCCCUGCGGAUCAGGGAGAGGCAGGGAGGGAGAUGCUGUAACUUCCUAUUCCUGUCUCUCUCCACACAACGCUAAUCUCAGUUUAUACUGAGAAAUACUGGCAUUUGUUACUGCAAUACUGGCACCGGCCAGGCGGCCUCCAAUAUCUGCUGUACCAGUAAAAUACCGGCCUGGUGGCAACCCUACAAAUGGUUGAAAUGAAAAACCUAGCUGAAUUUUUGUCCCCUUCCCCCUUCCAAUCUCCAAAUUUGGUUGUCUUGUUCUAAAAUGAUAUUUUGAAUUCUAACAAUUCUCAUGUAAACCCAAAAGAAAUUUCACUUUGUUUAUUUUUCUUCAAGGCCCUAAAGCGGUGGUGUAGUCUACUUGUCCCUCAUGACAAGCUAUUUGUCCUGGCCCACAAAACUAUUUCAAUUAGAAAAACUGGGAACACAGCCUAUGGAGUUGUAAUCUGUCCUCAUCCAGUGUGCUGGUCGCGUGGGAUGUACCUUGACAAACUGUCUGGGUAUUCCUAAUGUGUUCUAAAAAUGCAUUAAACAAGAUUCUGUAUAAGGGAGCAACUAAAAAAGUCUGCAUGUUUGUUUGAGUAGGCUGACUUAUUUUUCAAGAAAGUAGAUUUUCCUUUUGGUCAGUCCCAGUUGCACUCAGGGGAUAUUAGCUAAGGUGUGAAUUGUCAAGUUAAACUUUUAGGUUACAAGACUUUUCUGAAAGACAAUUUGAUCAAAAAUCUUCCAAAAUCAGGAAUGUCAUUCCAGCUACCGUUUAGGCUGACCGUGCUUUAUCCAGGUACUGAAUAUCUUUAUUUAUUCCUAACAGGAUGAGUUCUCCAUAUUCCCUCCGACAUACUCUAUAGACAUUAAUGGAUAUAUACUGGUGUAUUCAGUCACAUCCAUCAAAAGGUAAUAUUUUUUGUUUUUUUUUUGUUUUCUGUGGUGGUGGAGCGGGGGUUGUUUUAUUGGACAUUCCCUCUGCCAAUCACCUUAUCCCUUUAUCACAAUGUGCCACAUAGUUAGAAAGAAGUACAUGAAGGUGCAUUAUCCCAGCUAAUUAAAGUAUUGUAUUUUGGUUCUGUAUGUUAGACCUUUUCAUGUAAGUGAGUUAUUUGCCGUUUACUAGACUUGUUUUUGCAUAAUUUGUAUUUCAAUCUCAUUAUUUUUUUUUUUUCCUCUUGCAGUUUUGAGGUGAUUAAAAUUAUCUAUGAGAAAUUAUUGGAUAUGGUGGGGAAAGUUCAGUAAGUUGUGUUUUGUUUUGUUUUGUUUUUGUAUACUUUUUAAAAAAAAUGUUUAAUUUUUUUUUUUUUUUUUGUGAAGAAUAAACUGACAAUUCUGUCUGUUUCCCCUCCACGUUAGGGUACCCAUAAUGCUUGUCGGCAAUAAGAAGGACUUGCAUAUGGAGAGGUGGGUAUACUAGAAGCAAUAAAUAUUGACCCAACAAAUUCCAUUUAACUUUGUAAAGGUGUUUUAGGUAAAUAUAGGUGAAAGGUUGAAGGACAACUGUCAACUGCUUAUGUUAAGCUUUAUUACAUUUCAUCUUUUAAGGUUUUUGUUUUGUGGGGGGUUUUUUUGGUGUGGAAGGGAGUGGGGUAAAUUACAAAGUACUAAAGAUUUUCUUCUAACACAUUUUUAAGGUAUAUUUAUAAAUGGCUUUCAAGGGUCAGGUGUUAAUGGGCAGUUUUUAAAUAAUUUUGACUUCUAGUCAUAUUCUUAUUGGAAUUGUGAUUUAUCAAUUAAAUGUUAAAAAGUUUUUAUUUAUUUUUUAAAUCCCAAGGGUGAUCAGCUUUGAAGAAGGGAAAGCAUUAGCUGAAUCAUGGCACGCAGCCUUCCUGGAGUCAUCUGCUAAAGAAAAUCAGGUACAACGCGUGCAGCAAGGGGAUUAAAGCAACUCUCCAGAUUCGUCUAGAAUCUAUAUACUUGUGGGAUUGCUGGUGUGUCUGGCUGUUACACUCCUUUCCCCACUCAAAUUGCUGCAACCUUUCAGAGCAUCUGCUGUCUGUCCCUGGAGGCUGGCUGCCUGAUUAGCCCUUUCCCUCGUGCAGUGUGCAGACUUUGUCUGUGUUGGAAGUUUAAAUGUGUACUUUUCUGAAGCAGGUUUAAAUUCGCAAUGUGUUCUGUGUGAUAACUCAUUGAAAGGGACUCUUCACUGCCCAAACCUCACUGAGGUAUAGACAUCUUUUGUAAAAAUAUCGAUCUUGUGUCUGCACUAUAAGCAUGCUCUCCCAAUUUAACAUGGCCUGACUUCUUCUUGCUGUCCAAUCAGACUUCCCCAAUGCAGUUCAAUGAGAACAAUUUGCUCUGGGCAAUUGCUGCCUCUUGAGUUUAGCUCCACUAAGCUAACCAAACCAGGAAGUAAGAGGCUUGGUCUGACAGCAAGGGGGUGUGACCAGGUAAACUUAUGUUGAAAUCUACACUUUUUGUAGAAUGAAGGAGGACACUCUUCACACAAAACACUUCAGCAUGCUUUAGGGAUCUAAAGUUUUCCUUUAAGGGUUUUGACGUUCAUUGUCUUCCCAUGAAGUUAAUUGUUUACCUAUUUUCAGUAUUGGUACCUUGCGUGUUAUUUUUUUAAUACAAUUUUAAUCUGUUAUUUCUACAUGUGCUUAUGAUUUUUUUUUUUUUCCCCUCUUCUGUACAGACUACUGUUGAUGUUUUUAAAAGGAUAAUUUUGGAAGCAGAAAAAAUUGAUGGCGGAAGUUCACAAGGGAAGUCCUCCUGCUUUCUAAUGUAAUUCCACUACAGAAGAUACGGACACUGGGAAUAUAUUCUACUUGAAUAAGUAAACUGCCUGUUCUACUUCCCUUAACGCUUUACCUGUCAGAGUAGAGUGUGGGCAGGGAAAGGGUUAAUCUAAGAGAUUAUGGUAUGGAUGGUCACAGCCUUCUUUUUUUGUUUUUGUUUUUCCCUUUUUUCAGUUUUUGUUCAAAUCUGACACGCUCAGAUUUCUCACUACUAUCUUUAAGAUGAUAAAAAAAAACUCAAUCACAAACCUUCAACUUGUAUAUCAUAUUUCUUAAUAUUAUGGCCAAGACUUUUACUGGCAUUAAUUUUUCAGUGUAGUUUGUUUAUAAUAUUGUAAUCAUCCAUGCUGCAUAUUGUUACAUUACUCUCUAUUAACCAGGCUUCAAAGUCAGUGUUUCUUUCAUUCUUUGAUUGUUCAAUGUAAACUUGUAAAUAAAACAGCUGCAGACCUUACAUGUUUUUUUAUUUUAUCACUUUUAUAUAAUGCUCCACCAAUAUUUAAUCCAAGGUUUAUAAUAUUGUUAAUGUGAGCGGCACAUAGUGUUUCUAUCAGGGUUUAAAACCUGUAAUUCUAAUCUGUCAACCAGACAACUGCCAUUGCAAAUAUGGCUUCUAAUAUAAUCUUUUCAUCAAGUAUUGAAAGGAAAUUCGUUUAUACUUUUUAAUGAGGUUUAUAAAAACUAAUCCAUACCUUUAGAAUAUGACAGGGUCCUGCCACCAUAUACAUGUACUUCUGGUCAGACAGUGUGAAAACUUUUUGUACAAUAAACUGAUGUCACUGCACUUAACCACUUCAUGGCUUUAGCCUUUGCAAAGAUGUGUGGGGAUAACAUUACUUGCGCUUUAUACUUCUCAGGCCUCUCCAAGUCUUCCCUGCACAGAGCAAUAUCUGAAGAUGUUGCUGCACUGUGACUAUAGAACCUGACCCAUGGUGCACAUAUUAGUGAAGCAUCCUGUCAUAUAAUAAAGUUAUGGAAAGUGUUUCUCUCGCUGGUGGAAAGUAGAAAUUCUGAGGCAUGCUGUAGGUUUUAACCCAAAUUCAAGAGUUAAACUACUCUUACUGGCAAACUUAACUGUGUAUAAUUCUCCCCUCCCCCUCUCCUGCAUGUCUUAUACCCAACACAUAUCAGAUGUUCUUUAAAUGAUUCACUGUGUACAUGUGAAAUGUUUACUUUGGAACAAACUUCUAAAUUUAACAAAAGGUACUAUGGCUAAAAUCUAAACUGCAGACAUUAUUUUUUCUUAGCGUGAGAGCUUGUGGGCUCCUGAAAUAGAACUUGGUUAACAUAUGCCAGUAAUGCAGCCCAUUGUGGUCUGACUUCUGUAACACUAUCUGAAGAGCUACUAAAUCUGCAAAAGGAGAAAUUGCACUUAGAAUAUUAUGGUUUCUUAACCCUCAGUUUUACACUGAAUUUUCAUUGAUUUUUAAGAACUCAUUACGUUUUGGUAAUGGGUUUUUGUAAAAGUGAUUAUCCCGUUUCACCCCAGUAAAGUUAUUGGCAUUUUUAUAUAGCACCAACAUAUUCCAUAAUAUUAUAAAAGAGUAACUUAACAAUAACAAUGUUACAGGAACAACAUUGAUUAGGAUCAUGUUAAAACAAGCUUGUAAUCUAGAAUAAUGAAUAUGUGCAAGCUCUGGGUUUUCUCCAGCAGUGAUGUACACAGAAUGGCAUAUACUUACUAGCAUGUUUUGCCAAGAAUUGUCCAGCAAAGCAUGUAAAUGAAAGGGACACUAGUCACAGACGCUUCUCAAAGCAGUUUUGGUGUAUGUAUCAUGGCUCUAAAGUCACUGCUCAAUUCUGUCAUUUAGUAGUUAAAUCACUUUGUUUAUGCAGCCCUAGUGACACAUCCCUUGAUGUGACGUGCACAGCCUUCCUAAACACUUCCUGUAAAGAUUUGUCCAUUGUUACCACUUCCUUUUUAUUGCAAGUUUGUUUCAUUUUGCAUUUCUCAUCUCCCACUUUAAUAGUUGGUUAGACCUUGCAGGAGCCUCCUGUAUGUAAAUAAAGUUCAAUUUACAGAACAGUAGAUAAAAACUAUUAAAAUUAAAUCAGAUUUGAAAAUGAAACUUCUUGUUUAUGCAGGCUGUAUCAGUCACAACCAGGGGAGGUGUGGCUAGGGCUGCAAAAACAGAAAUAAGUGGUUCAACUAAUAAAUGGAAGAUAACUGAGCAGUGUAACUUCAGAGGCAUGAUCUAAAUAAAAACUGCUUCAUUAAGCUGAAGUUUUGGUGACUUGUGUUCCUUUUUUAAAGGAACACUAUGGGGUCAGGAACACAAACUUGUAUCACUGACCCUACUGUGUUAAAAAAAUAAAUCUACUGCCCCCUCCCUAAAUAGAAUAAAAUUGUACCUAUUCCAGUCUGUUUCUGUCCCUGCCCGUGGUUUGCCUGACCUCAUCAGAAGUGGUGGUCUGAGGCAAUCACAAUGCUUUCCCAUAGGAAAGCAUUCGAUUGGCUAAGCUUGUCAAGGAGGCAGAGCAGCACAAACCAAACUCAGCCCUGGCCAAUCAGCACUUCCUCAUAGAGAUGUAUACAUGCAUAUUGUACUCAUAAUAUAUUGCACUCCUAAAUCUCUAAAAUCAUACUGGUACACUUUGUAAAUAUAGUUGCACAUAUCAAAAUCCAUAUUUAAACCAUAUGGAGAGGGUCUCUAAAUUGAAGGUCCGUUCCAUCAGUUAUAUUGAGAAUUUUUAGGAAGUCAACCCCCACCCCCCCAUAUGGUUAUAGCUACUUCUUGAAUACCAUGAAAAUUCAGCAAAUUUAAAAUCACAGUUCUGAACUCUUCUGAAAUGAGAGUAUACUGAAUUUGUUAAAACCUUAUUUUCGAUAUUCCUUAAAUGUUCACCCAACAUAUUGGAGACCACAUCCACACAUUUAAAGAUGUUAGUUGUAUUGUAUGUGAUAAAAUUACCAUACUUUUUCCUUUGUAAUGGGAAAAAAUAGAUGUAUCUAUAUCGCUCAAAAAAAUAAAGGGAACACUUAAACAACACAAUGUAACUCCAUGUCAAUCACACUUCUGUGAAAUCAAACUGUCCAUUUAGGAAGCAACACUGAGUGAAAAUCAAUUUCACAUUCUGUUGUGCAAAUGGGAUAGGCAACAGGUGGAAAUUAUAGGCAAUUAGCAAGACUCCCCCAAUAAAGGAGUGGUUUUGCAGGUGCUGACCACAGACCACUUCUCAGUUCCUAUGAUUCCUGGCUGAUGUUUUGGUCACUAUUGAAUGCUGGCAUUGCUUUCACUCUAAUGGUAGCAUGAAACGGAGUCUACAACCCACACAAGUGGCUCUGGUAGUGCAGCUCAUCCAGGAUGGCACAUCAAUGCGAGCUGUGGCAAGAAGGUUUGCUGUGUCUGUCAGCGUAGUGUUCAGAUCAUGGAGGUGCUACCAGGAGACAGGCCAGUACAUCAGGAGACGUGGAGGAGGGCAACAACCCAGCAGCAGGACUGCUACCUCCGCCUUUGUGCAAAGGAGGAGCACUGCCAGAGCCCUGCAAAAUGACCUCCAGCAGGCCACAAAUGUGCAUGUGUCUGCUCAAACGGUCAGAAACAGACUCUGAGGGCCUGAUGUCCACAGGUGGGGGUUGUGCUUGUAGCCCAACACCGUGCAGGAUGUUUGGCAUUUGCCAAAGAACACAACACCAAGAUUGGCAAAUUCGCCACUGGCGCCCUGUGCUCUUCACAGAUGAAAGCAGGUUCACACUGCGCACAUGUGACAAAGUCUGGAGACGCCGUGGAGAACAUUCUCCAGCAUGACCGGUUUGGUAGUGGUUCAGUAAUGGUGUGGGGUGGCAUUUCUUCGGGGGGCUGCACAGCCCUCCAUGUGUUCGCCAGAGGUAGCCUGACUGCCAUUAGGUACCGAGAUGAGAUCCUCAGAGCCCUUGUGCUGUUGGCCCUGGGUUCGUCAUAAUGCUAGACCUCAUGUGGCUGGAGUGUGUCAGCAGUUCCUGCAAGACGAAGGCAUUGAUGCUAUGGACUGGCCCACCCGUUCCCCAGACCUGAAUCCAAUUGAGCACAUCUGGGACAUCAUGUCUCGCUCCAUCCACCGUCACGUUGCACCACAGACUGUCCAGGAGUUGGCAGAUGCUUUAGUCCAGGUCUGGGAGGGGAUCCCUCAGGAGACCAUCUGCCACCUCAUCAGGAGCAUGCACAGGCAUUGUAGGGAGGUCAUACAGGCACGUGGAGGCCACACACACUACUGAGCCUCAUUUUGACUUGUUGUAAGGCCAUUACAUCAAAGUUGGAUCAGCCUGUAGUGUGUUUUUCCACUAUAAUUUUGAGUGUGACUCCAAAUCCAGACCUUCAUGGAUUGAAAAAUUUGAUUUCAAUUUUUACAUUUUUGUGUGAUUUUGUUGUCAACACAUUCAACUAUGUAAAUAACAAAGUAUUUCAGAAGAAUAUUUAAUUCAUUCAGAUCUAGGGUGUUAUUUUUAUGUUCCCUUUUUUUGAGCAGUAUAUAUAUAUAUAUAUAUAUAACAAAAUUUGUUAGAGAGAACUGGUUUUGAAUGCCUUGCAUUGCCCACAAUUGUAAAACCGCUUUACAAGGCUUCUACAAAAUGUGAAGAAAACGGUCACUGAUGGUUUUAUCUUUUAUUUAAAUUUUUUAUAGGAAAACCAUAGAAAACCUAGUACCUUGUUAGUAUGCUUGAAGUUUUAUUAGUUUUUUAUUUCGUUUUUUUUUUCUACCUGUCAAACGCUGCAGUUUAUUGUUAACCAGAAAAACCUUUAAGAUUCACCUUCCCCUUCUUUCAUUAUAUGCAUGUAAUGGUCUUAUGGCAUAUGUUUACUGUUGCAAUUAAAGAACUCUGCUUAAUCCUUUUCAGAAUUCAUUAAUGGGCUUUAUUUUCAGAUAAGUUUCUGUUACACAACACAUUCUUUGAGUUCCAUGGCUUUUCUUGAACCACUUUGUUUAAAUCUGAUCAUUUUAAAAACGUAAAGCACAUGUCAGUACUCCAUAAUAAUGUGGAGAUUAGCAAGGAUUUUGACCAAGUAGUUCUAUUCAACUUCAUAUUUCUCUUAACCCUCUCAGGUCCAGAGGAGUGAAUGUGACAUAAAGAUUUUUUUAAAAUUGCAACUUACAUGCAAAGCAAUAGAAUCCAUGAGUUUGAAGACUAAAUUCAGAAGAUUGGAGUAACUUGCAUCUCAUUAAAGUGGCUCUGUCACUAUACCGAUUUUGCUUUUAAAAAUAUGUAUAUUUUUCGUAUGUUGUGCUUUUCCCUGUUUCUAUGUUUUUGAAAUUAAUUGUACUGUUUUUAAAUUUUUUAGUUCAAGUUAAGAAAGGCUAGAGACUACUUUUUCUCAUGGGGAGCAUGAAUGUUGGCAAUGGGUGGAGUCUCAGCAAAGUUCAAGUUCAUUUGCCAUGCUGACUUACCCACACUCCACCAGUCAAAAGAAACCCGCAAUAUGGCAAAUUUUGCUUAAAAGGACACUGUAGGCACCCGGGCCACUUCAUGUUGCUACACUAAGUCUGCCUUAGGCCCUUCAUGGCUGUUAACGGACACUGGACAUCCUCAUGCUCUGCAUGAUGGCAUCCAGAGUCAGCUAUUUUGCAAUAGGAAAGCAUUGCAUAGUUGCCAACAUUUGAAAAAAAUUCUAGGGACACUUUGCAGCACAGCUAUCAAUCAUUACCUUGAAAAUUUACCACACCCACUGCCACAAAGGUCUGCCCACUAUGCUCAACCCACACAAUCUCUGCCUACUUGUCAUAGAGCACUGACUGGCCUGGGAUACUAUACACACAGACCUGUAUUAUGCAGAGAGCAGCACUAUACAGGGAGCACUGACUGUCCCAGGAUACUAUACACACAGACCUGUAUUAUACAGAGAGCAGCACUAUACAGGGAGCACUGUCUGUCACAGGAUAUUAUACACACACAGACCUGUAUUAUACAGAAAGCAGCACUAUACAGGGAGCACUGACUGUCACAUGAUAUUAUACACACAGACCUGUGUUAUACAGAGAGCAGCACCAUACAGGGAGCACUGACUGUCCUGGGAUAUUAUACACACAGACCUGUAUUAUACAGGGAGCACCGACUGUCCUGGGAUAUUAUACACAGACCUGUAUUAUACAGAUAACAGCACUAUACAGGGAGUACAGACUGUCCUGGAUUAAUAUACACACAGAUCUGUAUUAUACAGAGAGCAGCACUAUACAGGGAGCACUGACUGUCCUGGGAUAUUAUAAACACAGACCUAAAUAAUACAGUGAGCAGCCCGAUACAGGGAGAUCUGGCUGUCCCGGGGUAUUAUACACACAGACCUGUAUUAUACAGAGAGCAGAACUAUACAGAGAGCACUGACUGUCCCGGAAUACACACAGACUGCUUAAUGCACCCACACUGCUAAGUACAUAUACACAGUACACUGAAUACCCACAGGCUUUUGAAUACAUACAGACUGCUGAAUACACACAGACUGGCAAGUAUACACACUCACUGCUUAAUACACACAGGGAGACUGCUGAAUACACACAGACAGAUUGCUGAGUACACAUAUACUGCUGAAUACAUACACAGACUGCUGAAAGCACACAGGCUGCUGAAUACACACCCCCCCUGCUGAAUACACACAGGCUGCUUUAUACACACAUACAAAUUGCUGAACACACAAAGAGACUGCUGAAUACACACAGGCUUCUUUCUACACACACAGACUUCUGAAUAUAUACACACAGGCUGCUGAAUAUACCCAGACUGCAGUGAGGGGUGCAGUGUGCACAGGGUGCUGUGUGUGUGUGUGUGGGAUGCUAAAUGUGUGUGAGGGAUGGUGUGAAGAGGGUGCUGUGUGUGAGAGGGGUGCUAAGUGUGUUAAGGGAUGCUUUGUGUGUGUGUGUGGUGCUGUGUGUGUGAGAGGCUUGUUUUGUGUCAGGGGUGCUGUGUAUGUGCGUCAGACUUGCUGUGUGUGUGAGGGUUGUUUUGUGUCAGGGGUGCUGUGUGUGUGAGGGGUGCUGUGCCAUGGUGGUCCAGUGGUGGUGAGUUGUCUAUAGCCUGCAGCUCCUCUGGCUGCAGGUGGUCUUUACUCCUGCCACAAGCAGAAUGCUGUGUCUGAGCGUUGCCAUGGUAACAUAUGGCAGCGCUUUGCACAGCAUGCUCAAGGGAGGAGCGAUCUGCCUCCCAGGUCCUCCUGCCCUCCUUGUCACUAACGAAGGGCCUUUGGGUCAUUCUCGAGAGGGCCCACAGCAAGAAAGCAGGUCGCCUCUGUCAGCCUAAGCACAUGGGCAUCACAGCGUGCCCAGUGGUGUAUCCUGGUUUUGUGCUGUCCUAGGCAGGACAAAACUCAGACGCCCCCCUCCCCCCGUGCCACCCCCACCCAACCCUUCCCCCCCGCCCCACCUUCUAAAUACACACACACACACACACAGUCAGACACAAACACAGACACAAACACAGUCAGACACAAGCACACACAGUCAGACAUAAACACACACACACACAGUCAGACACAAACACACACACACAGUCGGACACAAACACACACACACACACACAGUCAGACACAAAAACACACACACACACACACACAAUCACUCACAUUAACUUUUUUUUUUAUUUAACCCCUCCAGCCUCCUUACCUUUGGGAGUGCUGGGGGGGGUAUCUCUCUCCCUGGUGGUCCAGUGGCUGCCGGUCGGGCUGGGAGGCACUGGCUGCUGGGCGGGCGGCUGGCGAGGGAGCACUUCCUCUGAGCUGACUGCUCAGCUCCCUCGCGCGCUGUAGAGUGAGGCUGGGAGCCGGAAUAUGACGUCAUCAACCCAGCUCCCAGCCUCACUCUGCGGCGCGCGAGGGAGCUGAGCAGACCGCUCAGAGGUAGUGCUCCCUCGCCAGCCGCCCGGCCAGCGGGUCAGUUAGCCGCGAGGCUAACUAGGCAUUUGCCCUGGGCAUUUGGGGGCGGAAAAUGACGCCCUAAGCAAAUGCCUUGUUUGCCUCGCGGCUAAUACGUCCAUGAGCGUGCCCAUGCGGAAUGACGGCCCUGCACACAAGCGGACUAAAUGUUAGCUCACUGACACACACAAGCUCACUACAGGCAAGCUCUCUUAUUAGCAGGGACAUACACACAUGCACAUACGCACACACAAGGAUGAGUAUUUGUUAAGCCUACCUGGCACUGGAGGCUGUUGCUAGGAGGUCAGGUAGCCGUUUUCUGGCCUCUUCCUCUUGCAGCAUGGUCUGCUGCUUAACAGUGGGGUUAGAGCUUGCAUGCGGGGGUGGGGCUUUCAGGUGUGGGGGCGGAGCCUAUGUGCCCAAAGCAGAGCUGGAGCCUGUGUGCCAGGGAAGCUGCUGGGAAUUCGGAAGGGAGACUGUCAGUGCUCCCUCUGGCCCCCAGCAGCCUCAAUGCAGCUCCCAGCAUCUCUCUAUAGCCCUCAUCAUCUCCCAGCACCUCUGUCUUUGUUGCUUGCCUAUGGACGUUCUGCAUGCUCAAUGCGAUUUACGCAUUGAGCGUCAGGGAUGCGCCUCUAGCAGCUGUCAGGAAGACAGCCACUAGAGGCUGGAUUAACCCUGCAAUGUAAACAUACUUUGCAGCUGAAGGGUUAAAACCUGGGGGACCUGACACCCAGACCACUUCAUUCAGCUGAAGUGGUCUGGGUGACUAUAGUGGUCUUUAAAGACAAGAAGUGAAUAUUUUCCCACCCUGUUCUGUGAUUUUUUUUUACCUAACUGGUUUUCUAUUUGGUAUUACGUAUGCAUUAUUGGGUGUUUAUUUAGCUCAUAGUAUCCAUGUUCUUAUAUUAGUUAGAUUGCCAACGAUUGUCUUUCUGUUCUGCGGUUCUUCUCCUUACAUAUGAACUGUUUCGUUUACAUGGUUGACUCUACAGUCGCUCGACUACAUCAAGAAAGAUGGAUUGGGAUCAGCCUGAGUGCACUACAUCUUACUGUUGCUACAUUCUGAUUGGUUGAUUUUUAUACACACUGUUAACCUUUUCUUUGCUGCUGAGAGGAUUCAGUAUAGGAGGAUUAAGCUGAAUAUUCACCUCCUGUCUUUAAUAAACUUUAGAUUAUUCGGUAACUAAACUAGAAUAAUCCCUAACUGCAGAUUUCAAGGACAGAGGAGAAGAUCUGGCGUAAUGAUGAAAAAUAUAAUAAAAAUAAUGCAAGUGGCAAAGAGGGGACUAUAAUCAUUAAGAUGCAAGGAUAACGAAGGGAAAUCUGAAAAAGACAGCAAUGUCUGUAAUAACUGGUUGUCUUCAUGGUGCUGGUCUAUCCCUGCCAAAUCACAUACAUGUAGUUUAAACCCGUUGGCCAUCAGUCAGUUAAGUAUCCAAAUGUGCAGAUACUCUCUCUAGUAAAAGGGACAUUAUCACCAUCACCUAUCGCAUUUUUAAUCAUUCAAUUCUCUAUCAAUGGUAAUUAUCAACUGGACUUUCUAAAUAUAAUUUCUUGCCGGCCAAUAGUGGAAUAUACUUAUUUACCCUUUCCUGGUUUUUAUUUAUUUAUUAGAAUGUUUACUGUAUAUUUGUACCAGGCUAACUAUGCGAUCCACAUUGGUUUGAAAUGUAAGAACCAUCAUUCAUCUUCUCUGCUUAACUGUGCACAAACAUUGCAAUCUGGUGUUCAUUCACCCGUAUUACUCAUUAUAUCUAUGUAGGGGGUAAGGUGCCUCUUUCUCUGACUCGAACCGCAAUGCCUGUUAUAUUCUAUCAGAAUAGUAUUCUUUUAACCCGUGACUGAUAUCAUUAUUUAGCUGGAUUACACACUUAGCUGUUAUGACUAAAAAAUUAUGUAUCUCAAUCUGGAGACUUGCCAUCAUUUAAAAUUCUUUAUUUAAAAAAAUUAAAAAAUUAUUUAUUUUGUCGUGCACCAUUAGUACAUACAAACCGAUAAUGCCACUGUAGCAAAGACGGCCAGUUCACAAGAAACAAUAACAAUGCAAGACAUUCAUCUGCACAUUUUGUUUUAAGAAGAUGAGUACGGACGUUGUGUGGUUGGAUCUGAGAGGUAGAUAUUGACCACUAGGUAACUGGUUGUCAGUGUACGGAAAGCACACGUAAUACUACAGCACUGGGAUUUAAAAGUAGUGGUAGUAUCACCAAGAACCGGUAAGUCUGUUGCAUGCUAAGCCUAUGGGUUGUGCUGAUAGCGAGUGUAAGUUAUGUUUCAGGCUUACUCUUUCAUGAGUAUUGAAUGCAUGGCGUGAAAUGGCCUACCGUCGAGUGUGCCGCGAGGAGCAAUUGAGCUGUUGGAGCAGUAUUACAUCUGGCACCAUUGGAAAUGCGUAGCUAGAACGCCGAUGCAUUGUUUGAAAUCCCUUAACAAGGGUGUAGUGGGAGUGACAUCUCAUCCAGAAGUGGAGAUCUUUUUAGGGAGCGUAACUCCCGAACACGUCUCAGGCAGUAGCCUGGGUGGCCUCUAUGUAAGGCUUCAUACAUAUUAAACGUAUAGGGAAGGCCCUGUCAAGUGAUGAAAAGCAGAGGCAAAAGUCAACAGAAAACCAGAAACAAGGCAUUUAAACUGAACAAUAUUAUAAACAGUAUUUGCUAGUCGACUGUGAGUGUGGUAAGGAUCCAUGCAGGACCAUACUUGUUGCCCACUGCAGUCAGGUGUCUGGUUGCAUGGACACUCCGGAUCUCAGGACGAAUGGCGUGAUGUUAUCAGGAUCCCACGGUCUGCCAGAUGGUACCUACAGAUGUAGAACAAUUAAGUUUUACUAGUAGUAGUUAGUCAGUGGCUCGCAGUGCUCCCAGUUUAGAGGAGCACGGUUUAACAUGAAUUAAUUUAGAAGAUGCUCAGUCUUGGUUUAGAGGCUUUUGAGACACAGAACUGUUGGAUAAGAUGGAACUCAAACACGAUUAAUGCAACAUCCCACAUCACUAGCAUCUUACUCAUUCUGCACAGAUGGAUGAAACAGUCGGUUGUGCAUUUCCUCUACAAUCUCAACAGUGCUGUCAAAACAUGUGCUGAUGGAUCCCCGGCUAUAUGGCACUACAUGCAGGAUAAAACAUUGACUAAGUUUAGGUGUCACAUAUUAAUGAUAGCUUCUACCUCUAAAUCACCCCCGCCCCUCCAAAAUGAAAAACAAGUCAUAUAUUCGUUGAAUAUGAACCAUUUAACCUACACUCAGACCAAGUCUAGAGUAGACUUGUGCUCAAACGUGUUUCAGAUGCAAACAAAUCAAAUUCCUUUUAAUCUAUGUCAGAACUAAUCCAUCCAUUCACGAUUUACCUGUGGAGUUUUAUUCAAUAAAUAAGACUCUCUGGAUAAAUCCCGGAUUAAUUGAUUAAUUAGGGUGCAAAUUAAAAGGAAUUUUAAUUGUUCGACCCACCUGUUUAAAUAUAAAAUAAAUAUUUCACGUGAGUGUGUAGUUAAAUUGGCCACCCACCUUAAAUAUUGCUAGCAAGGUUGUCUGCCUUGUUCCAGUAUUACAAAAAUACCAAUAAUGUAAAUGCGGGAAUUUUUUCUGACUGUAUUUUGUGAUUGAUGUGUUCUGUCUGAGGAUGCCUGAUCUCGGCUUGGCACCACGCACUCAGACUGGAAAUAGCGAGUGGUGCAUGGCCUCACCUGCUCAGACUGAAUUUAGCAAUCUCUGCAUGGUCCUGGCCCCUCAGACUGAAUUUAGCAAUCUCUGCAUUGUCCGGCCCCCUUAGACUGAACUCAGCAAUGACUGCAUGGUGUGGGGGCCUUCAGAAUGAACUCAGAAAUCUCUGCAUGUUCCUGCCCCCUCAGACUUAACUUAGCAAUCUCUGCAUGGCCCCACCCCACGGACUGAACUCAGAAAUCUCUGCAUGUUGCUGCCCCCUCAGACUUAAUUUAGCAAUCUCUGCAUGGUCUGCCCCCCUCAGAUUGAACUCAGCAAUCACUGCAUGGCCCCACCCCACGGACUGAAGUCCCCCCACCAAUUAUUAUUAAGUUCUGCACCUGUGGGGUAAGGAGGGAACACUAGGUCCUCUCCCGUCAAUAUUGUAAUAACCCCUACAUGCUGAUCACGGUUAGGGUAAGGACAGGGGAGUGGACACUAACCUGUCCAUCCCUUAUUACUGAUUUAAAAGUCACUUAUCCGGUGCCCACGGGUUGGGGCAUGAGAGUGGGGGACUAGUCGCCCCCCAGUUAUUUCACAGGCCCCAUCCUCAAUGGCUGCCCAGUCGCUAGUUUUAACAUAUUAGUAGGGAGGUUCGAAAGCUCCCUCACGGUAAUAUGGGGGUUUUAUUGACCCCUAUAGGAUUUUUAUUUAUGUUAUCAUUUUUUUAAUUGCUAAAUGCAGUUAUCAUAGAAAGUGGAUCACUAAAAUGUUACAAUAAAAUGUCUGCUAUAACCCAGGAUUGGAUAAUACAACCCUACAACCGGGAUAAAGCUGCAAAACAGCUUUGUUCCCUUCCAGUUUGAGAAAAGACCUUUCUCAGCAUGGCCAAAUACCUCAAUGGGUUCAGUGUGCGCAUAAUGUUUGUUGUACGGUAAAAAAAAGUUAACCCUUUGAAUGUAGUCAAGCAAAAGGUUAACGCCCACCCCCAGCCUAUCUUAAUAUAGGAUCGGCUUGCCCUCCUGGGGAAGGUUCCUUGUGCUGACUCAAGCACUUUGUGUGUUUGUUUUGCUGACUGCGCGUUCAGAGUCCUGUGCAUCCAUUUUCUGUUCCUGAUACAAAUCAGACAAACCACUUCCAGAAAUAAUAUUUGUUAAGUCUUUUUUUUAAUGCAGCCUUUGGCUUUUGUGGGCCUGGAUAAUUUCCUCGUUGUUUACCUAUCCCUGGUCCCUGCCCUUUAUUGUUUAGUUUAUCAAAACGAGAACAUUUCUGCCUCUUUCAUUUUGUAUUUUUUCUGUUCCAUAUCCGGAUAUAAAAUGACUGAAGCUGCCUGCAAUGCUGUUUUCUUGUCCUGCAUAUAGCACAUGUCAGUAUCACUCUAUACAAUGACGUGUGCACACCUGGGGGUUUAUUGUGUAAAAAACAAGCCACAAAGUGUAAGCGUCUCGUAGCCAUUUGAGUGAAAUGUAUUCAUGUGGACUUUACUACCGGCUGUAUCUUUUCAUUUGGCUUUUAUUUAUUGACUUUAAAUAUUUAUUUAUUUCUUAUUUCACAUGAUUCCUGUUAUUCCAUUACAUCACAUAAAACAUAGUCUAGAUUAAACAGGAUUCUAUCGCCGAGGAGUUAUAUUCAAGCAGGGUGUCAGAAUAGUGUAGGAACCUAAACACCCAGACGCAGAAGACACCAAACGAGUGACCUGCCAUGUACCGGCACUUAGAAUGGACAGACUAACGGUGGACAGAGUCAGAGAAAAUAGCUGAGGUCAAAGAUAGGAGAAACAUUGAUAAAUGGUAUACUGGCCAAGGUCAAAGGAGUACAGAAUCGGAUACCAGAAUCAGAAUACACAAUAACGAGCUAUUAACAUAGAAACAUAGAAUGUGAUGGCAGAUAAGAACCAUUCGGCCCAUCUAGUCUGCCCAAUUUUUUUUAAAUACGUUUAUUAUUCCAUGGCCUUAUCUUAUAGUUAGGAUAGCCUUAUGCCUAUCCCACACAUGCUUAAACUCCUUUACUGUGUUAACCUUUACCACUUCAGCUGGAAGGCUAUUCCAUGCAUCCACUACCCUCUCUGUAAAGUAAUACUUCCUAAUAUUCUUUUUAAAUCUUUUCCCCUCUAAUUUAAGACUAUGUCCUCUUGUUGUGGUAGUUUUUCUUCUUUUAAAUAUGGUCUCCUCCUUUACUGUGUUGAUUCCCUUUAUGUAUUUAAAUGUUUCUAUCAUAUCCCCCCUGUCUCGUCUUUCCUCCAAGCUAUACAUGUUAAUAUCCUUUAACCUUUCCUUGUAAAUUAUAUCCUGCAAUCCAUGAACCAGUUUGUAGCCCUUCUCUGAAUUCUCUCUAAAGUAUCAAUAUCCUUCUGGAGAUACGGCCUCCAGUACUGCGUACAAUAUUCCAAGUGAGGUCUCACCAGUGUUCUGUACAAUGGCAUGAGCACUUCCCUCUUUCUACUGCUAAUACCUCUCUCUAUACAACCAAGCAUUCUGCUAACAUUUCCUGCUGCUCUAUUACAUUGUCUGCCUACCUUUAAGUCAUCCGAAAUAAUCACCCGUAAAUCCCUUUCCUCAGAUGUUGAGGUUAGGACUCUAUCAAAUAUUCUGUACUCUGCCCUUGGGUUUUUAUGUCCAAGAUGCAUUAUCUUGCACUUAUCCACAUUAAAUGUCAGUUUCCACAACUCUGACCAUUUUUCUAGUUUACCUAACUCAUUUGCCAUUUGGCUUAUCUCUCCUGGAACAUCAACCCUGUUACAUAUCUUAGUAUCAUCAGCAAAAAGACAUACCUUACCAUCAAGACCUUCUGCAAUAUCACUAAUAAACAAUAUUAAAGAGAAUGGGUCCAAGUACAAAUCCCUGAGGUACCCCACUGAUGACAAGCCCAUGCUUUGGAUAUACUCUAUUGACUACAACCCUCUGUUGCCUGUAACUCAGCCAUUGCCUUACCCAUUCAACAAUAUUGGAAUCCAAACUUAAAGAUUGCAAUUUAUUAAUAAGCCUUCUAUGUGUAACAGUGUCAAAAGCCUUACUGAAAUCUAGGUAGGCAAUGUCUACUGCAUCUCCCUGAUCUAUUAUUUUAGUUACCCAAUCAUAAAAAUCAAUAAGAUUAGUUUGGCAUGAUCUCCCUGAAGUAAGCCCAUUUUGUCUCUAAUCUUGAAAUCCAUGUGUUUUUAGAUGUUCAGCAAUUCUAUCCUUUAACAUGGUUUCCAUCACUUUCCCCACUACUGAAGUAAGGCUUACUGGCCUAUAGUUGCCCGACCCCUCCCUACUACCUUUAUUGUGAAUGGGUACAACAUUCGCUAACUUCCAAUCUUCUGGGACUACUCCUGUUAACAAUGAUUGGUUAAAUAAAUCUGUUAAUGGUUUUGCUAGUACACCACUAAGCUCUUUUAAUUUGGGUGUAUUCCAUCAGGCCCCAUUGACUUAUUUGUCUUAACUUUUGAAAGUUGAAAUAGAACCUCUUCCUCUGUAAACUCACAUGUAACAAAUGACUUUAAUGCAAGGAUGUGUUGGUAUAUAGUGUUUGCAUUUGAAUGCAGGUGUACCUUUGUGUGUAUUACUGGCGUUUGAACGCGUGAUGUUGACAUUAGAACACAUGGUGAUUGUACAUGGUGUUAAUGUUUGAAUGCAGGGGUGUUUGUGUGUGGUAUUGACUUCGAAUGCAGGGGUGUUUGUACGUGAGGCUGACGUUUAAACACAGGGUGUUUGUGAGUGGGCUUGACGUUUGAAUGCCGGAGAUGUUUGUGCGUAGUGUUUGUAGUGUAGUGUGUGUAUGUGGUGUUGGUGUUUGAAUGAAGUUUAGUGUUUGUGUAUAGUGGUGGCGUUUACAUGCAGGGAUGUAUGGACAUAUGUACAUACUGCCGCAUACAGAGAUACUGACAACGAUACACAUAUACACUGACACACAAUGAUACACCAAUAGAAUGUGUCAUUCUGCUAAGGGAAACAGAAGAGGCACAACAUAGUGUAACACUGUAUACAAAUACCAUUUUAUACAUAAUUUCCAAUUUGUCAGUCACACUGUGCAAUUCACAAUUGAACCUUCAAAAUAAUGUUUUCAUAAAAAUGUCCUCCAAUAUUCUUGUCUUUAUUUUCAAUUCCGGUUCCAUAUACCAUGUAAUCAAAGGAGAUAAAGUGCAAAGUAUAAAACAAGCGUAAGAUAAUGUGCAAAAACCGAUGUAUUUACUUACACAUAGGUACCGUAAGUAACAGCAGAUAUAAUACAUGACAACAAAGUCAAUCAUUUUGUUUUCACCCUAUUUGAUAGUUUGUUUGGAGGUUGUUAUUGUCACUGUAUAUAUUUUUGCAUAAAGAUACACACUCUCUCUCUCGAACAGACAGUUGGAAUAUUCUGUGACCAAACCAACACAUCGUCCCACCUCAUCCCACUCUUUUAAUUUGGUGUCUCCAUGGUAACUGCUUCAUUUUUUUAUCAAUGAAGAUAGCAAUGCCUUCUUAUCCAUCAUGGCUUCUCACAGCUUUACAUACAACCAGCCCUUCUUGUUAAAAAUAAAUACAGUAAAGUGUUAAACACAGUCUUUGGUUUCUAUACAAACAGGAAAAUAGACAUAUGUGCAGAUCUGCAUUAACUGCUUUUAUUGUGGGUAGACUGUUUAAGUAACCAGGUUGUUAUGUACUUAGCAUGCUGGUAGCAUAGCUACACUUAGUUACAAUGAUAUUUCGCCUGCUGAUUUCCACCUUUUAAUUCCUUCCUUGUAUGAGGUUUAACGCCAUUGAUUAUCUGACAAAUGUUAAAUCUCACCUACUGCACUUACUGUACCCCCCUCUACUGUAAUGUAACCUUUAAAGUGCUGAGUACACCUGUUAGUGCUAUACAAUUAAAAUAUACAUACACUGUAUACCUACUGUACCUACUGUACCUCCCUCUACUGUAAUGUAGCCUGUAAAGUGCUGAGUACACCUGUUAGUGCUAUGUAAAUAAAAUAUACAUACACUGUACACCUACUGCACUUACUGUACCUACCUCUACUGUAAUGUAACCUGUAAAGUGCUGAGUACACCUGUUAGUGCUAUAUAAAUAAAAUAUACAUACACUGUAUACCUACUGCACUUACUGUACCUCCCUCUACUGUAAUGUAACCUGUAAAGUGCUGAGUACACCUGUUAGUGCUAUAUAAAUAAAAUAUACAUACACUGUAUACCUACUGCACUUACUGUACCUCCCUCUACUGUAAUGUAACCUGUAAAGUGCUGAGUACACCUGUUAGCGCUAUAUAAAUAAAAUAUACAUACACUGUAUACCUACUGCACUUACUGUACCUCCCUCUACUGUAAUGUAACCUGUAAAGUGCUGAGUACACCUGUUAGCGCUAUAUAAAUAAAAUAUACAUACACUGUACACCUACUGCACUUACUGUCCCUCCCUCUACUGUAAUGUAACCUGUAAAGUGCUGAGUACACCUGUUAUAGCUAUAUAAAUAUAAUAUACAUACACUGUAUACCUACUGUACUUACUGUACCUCCCUCUACUGUAGCAUAACCUGUAAAGUGCUGAGUACACCUGUUAGCUAUAUAUAAAUAUAAUAUACAUACACUGUAUACCUACUGCACUUACUGUCCCUCCCUCUACUGUAAUGUAACCUGUAAAGUGCUGAGUACACCUGUUAGCGCUAUAUAAAUAUAAUAUACAUACACUGUAUACCUACUGCACUUACUGUACCUCCCUCUACUGUAACAUAACCUGUAAAGUGCUGAGUACACCUGAUAGCUAUAUAUAAAUAUAAUAUACACACACUGUAUACCUACUGCACUUACUGUACCUCCCUCUACUGUAAUGUAGCCUGUAAAGUGCUGAGUACACCUGUUAGUGCUAUGUAAAUAAAAUAUACAUACACUGUACACCUACUGCACUUACUGUACCUACCUCUACUGUAAUGUAACCUGUAAAGUGCUGAGUACACCUGUUAUAGCUAUAUAAAUAUAAUAUACAUACACUGUAUACCUACUGUACUUACUGUACCUCCCUCUACUGUAGCAUAACCUGUAAAGUGCUGAGUACACCUGUUAGCUAUAUAUAAAUAUAAUAUACAUACACUGUAUACCUACUGCACUGUACCUCCCUCUACUGUAACAUAACCUGUAAAAUGCUGAGUACGCCUGUUAGUGCUAUAUAAAUAAUACAUACAUACACUGUAUACCUACUGCACUUACUGUCCCUCCCUCUACUGUAACAUAACCUGUAAAGUGCUGAGUACACCUGAUAGCUAUAUAUAAAUAUAAUAUACAUACACUGUAUACCUACUGCACUUACUGUCCCUCCCUCUACUGUAACAUAACCUGUAAAGUGCUGAGUACACCUGAUAGCUAUAUAUAAAUAUAAUAUACAUACACUGUAUACCUACUGCACUUACUGUCCCUCCCUCUACUGUAAUGUAGCCUGUAAAGUGCUGAGUACACCUGUUAGUGCUAUGUAAAUAAAAUAUACAUACACUGUACACCUACUGCACUUACUGUACCUAUCUCUACUGUAAUGUAACCUGUAAAGUGCUGAGUACACCUGUUAUAGCUAUAUAAAUAUAAUAUACAUACACUGUAUACCUACUGUACUUACUGUACCUCCCUCUACUGUAGCAUAACCUGUAAAGUGCUGAGUACACCUGUUAGCUAUAUAUAAAUAUAAUAUACAUACACUGUAUACCUACUGCACUUACUGUCCCUCCCUCUACUGUAAUGUAACCUGUAAAGUGCUGAGUACACCUGUUAGCGCUAUAUAAAUAUAAUAUACAUACACUGUAUACCUACUGCACUUACUGUACCUCCCUCUACUGUAACAUAACCUGUAAAGUGCUGAGUACACCUGAUAGCUAUAUAUAAAUAUAAUAUACAUACACUGUAUACCUACUGCACUUACUGUACCCCCCUCUACUGUAAUGUAACCUGUAAAGUGCUGAGUACACCUGUUAGGGCUAUAUAAAUAUAAUAUACAUACACUGUAUACCUACAGCACUUACUGUACCUCCCUCUACUGUAAUGUCACCUGUAAAGUGUUGAGUACACCUUUUAGCGCUAUAUAAAUAUAAUAUACAUACACUGUAUACCUACUGCACUUACUGUACCUCCCUCUACUGUAACAUAACCUGUAAAGUGCUGAGUACACCUGUUAGCUAUAUAUAAAUAUAAUAUACAUUAGUUUUAGCACUGCUGUUCACACAUUAUAUUAUACACCUAAAAAUGAUCGUAAAAAAAAAAAGUGCAAUAGUUUUAUUGGCCUGAAGGUGGCAGCAGAAUUCAAUGCAAAUUUAUUUGGGAAAAAAAAAAAACCAAAAACCCGAAACACGUCACCCCAGUAUUAAUUGGCCAAGUUUAGCUAACAUGUACCUAAUGUAGGGGAAAUUCUCAAAUCGUACAGGCACAUAUUUCUUCAAUUGAAAUGAUACAUGGAAAUUAAGUAGAAGCAUAGGCAGGACCACAUAAAAUAAAUAAUAAAUACAAAUAAAAUGCAAUAAAACGUGGGUAAAAGAUCACUGUUUCAUUUUAUGCUUUAGUAUUUUCUUAGUGUCUGCAACAAUGUUCCUUGUAUCAAUGUAUCUUUUAAUAAAACACGUUAUUUCCCCCUACUAUCCUGAUCCAUCGCCCACCAAAUAAAAUAUUCCUGUGUCCCAGCGCCUUUCUCUUGGCUGUCCGAGUCUCUUCUGGUGGUGUCACUGGCUGAGAGGAGAGGAGUCUGUGCUGCCAUUUGUUGUCUGUCUCCAGCAUGCUGUGUGUACUGAUGAUAGAUCUCGAACAUGCCCAGAAAUGACAUUAGCCGGCCCGGUGCUCUGGCUACUAACGCCCUAAUGAUGCUGCUGAUGGUGGAGUUACGGCUUAGCAGCAAAGCACUAUAUCUCUUUAUCUACUGUGUUUCAUAGUGAAAUUCUGCAUACACAGACUCCAAGCACCAUGACCACUUCAAAUCACUGAAGUGGUCAUGGUGCUUGGAUAAACCAUUUAAGAGGAAAUUGCUUACAAGUCGCAGGCUUGCAAUUCCAGAAAUGAUAAAGAUGAGCAGUGCUAACUUGCUUAUCCAGUGCCUUGCUGUAACUAGUGUUACCAUUCACAGCUUUCCUAUUCUCUGGCAAUGCACAAAGGACUUAAAAAUAGAUGCGCCAUAGCUGGUUAUAAUCAGGACAACUCCCUCCUGGUUCCACUGGCCACAGUCUGAGUGGGAUCGAGGCAGAGGCUCUAUUUGCUACUCUGUCCUAUCUCUCUAUGGAGCUCUGUACCUUCUACUGAAGUGUGAGUUAAGGGGAUGAAUAUGACUUAAAGGAACACUCCAAGCACCAUAACCACUAUAGUUCGCUGUAGUGGAUAUGGUGCCAGGAAUGCAAAUGUACCCCCUGUAAUAUGUGAACCUACUCACUCUUGUAUGUUCACUCCACUGAAUCUUAAAUUAUUGAAAUGAAUGUACUUUGUCCACAUUUUAAUAAGGACAUUCACUAAUUCUGUUAAGAUGAUUUCCACAUAUUGCAUUUACAUUACGCUUGUGUAAAAAUAAAGAAUGAAUAGAUCACAAUGCACAGAGCCCCCUGGAUCAUACCCAUUAACGAGGAGACAAGAAAAAUGUAAACCUUAUUUUACAAGCUCACUUCACUAUUUCUAUUCUAGGCUACUUUUUCUAUUAGUGAUUUAGCUUGAAAUUGUAAGACUUUCAAACUGUUAUUCACAAGUCGUCUUGCACAAACGCCCUACUGGAAAUGAAAUGGGGUAUUUUAUAAAUCACUAGUAGAGGCAAACUGAGCAUGUCUGAGGUGCUUUUAGACUGGAUGGUUUUAACAAAUGAUCUAAGACCUGCACAUGCCCAGUUACUCUCUAUAGCUUAUCCAGGCAGCCAUAAGUUAUAAUCAGUGAGUUUGUUAGUUUGUGCUGUGGUGGAAGACAAGGUGGGGAGAUUAUAGCAUUGCUGUACUGUAUAUUGUAUGUUUACCAUUUAUAAUGGAAAUUUACAACCUAAUACUUUCCCAAAGGGAAGCAAUGUCAGUAGUUUACUUUGUUGUAAGUGGCAAUAUAUAUAGGGCGUCUACAGACAACUCACGGCUGGGUGGGUGCCAUGUGGGAGAGGGUCACAUCUUAUUGGUGUAGAUUGGGAGAUACUAGUAAGGGAAAGACGGUAAUGGCAGAGUCUAGUGGGGUAUGGGAGUGAUACAGAAGUGGGGGAAUGUGGAGAACAACGAGUACAGAAUACAUACAGAAUCACACACACUAUACACAAAUUAAUCAGCAUUGCCACACUGCACACAUUCCAACUGUAUUUACACAGUGCUAAAACAUACAAACAAGGGAUCGUGUCUAUUUGGUGGCGCUAGAAUGUUCUUCUUUAUAUCUUUUAUGUCUUUUUUUAAUUAAGUUAUUAAACUAGAUAGUGUGUUUAACCCCUUAAGGACACAUGACAUGUGUGACAUGUCAUGAUUCCCUUUUAUUCCAGAAGUUUGGUCAUUAAGGGGUUAAUCAUAUCAAAAUAUAAAAACAAAAGUGCACAGUGACAACUUCUGCUGAUAUAAUAACUAAAUGUGUUUGGUCUCAAACAGCAGCAAUAACAGAUUAAUGGGAAAUAGUGCAAAUAACAAUGUGACACAUAUAGUCUGAUAGACACAAUGUGCAGCUCAGGGUGGAGUUCUGUGUAGAGUGCAUACCAUGUACCAUACGGUAUACAGACAUUUCUCAGUAAAAAUAUAAUUCUCUCAUUCAGGCUAACCGAUACAAGUGGUAGAAAUAAAAUUAAAAGGGUCAGCGCUAAUAAAAUUGAAGUAAGGUAGGCAGCGGCCCAACAGAAGGUAACCCUAAAACCCUCUGAGGAGAGAACAUGAAACACAAAGAAAUACAGGGAAAUGGCUGUGCCAAUAGUUAAAACGUACAAUAGUUCGUCUGAAUAGGUAGGGCAAUAUAACGCAGUUGGUCUCACUGAUGUGGUGGGACUAAAGUUCUGAUGGAGUAACUGAAGGUAAAGUCCGAUAAUAUUGAGGUCUCACUCAGAAGUAAGUAGCUUUAUAAGGUGCCUGUUUUGGGGUGUAGAGUCCUCAAUGUCCCUAGUGGUCCAACUGUUCCGCUUAUAUGCAAGACAAAAACGAGGAGACCCAAUGGUGCAGUAUAUAAAAGCCAAUAUGGAUAAAAUAAACAAAUAUGUGCAAUCAACUCACAUUUAAAAGAGCUAUAGCCAGCUCUGGUGUGAAGGGCAUGCAACGGUAUAAUCCCUUCUUUAAAGGAUAUGUGAUGGGAGUCCUCCAGAGGGAUGGUAUCCAACACUCAGAAGAAAUUUUUUUAGAGAUCCGCACUCAUCCAAACACAUUUGCACAUACCCCUUACCCCACAAGAGCCAAAAAAAGAAUACUAAGCCCAGAGGAAACAUAGAAACAUAGAAUGUGACGGCAGAUAAGAACCAUUCGGCCCAUCUAGUCUGCCCAAUUUUCUAAAUACUUUCAUUAGUCCCUGGCCUUAUCUUAUAGCUAGGACAGCCUUAUGUCUAUCCCAUGCAUGCUUAAACUCCUUUACUGUGUUAACCUCUACCACUUCAGCUGGAAGGCUAUUCCAUGCAUGCACUACCCUCUCAGUAAAGUAAUACUUUCUGAUAUUAUUUUUAAACCUUUGUCCCUCUAAUUUAAGACUAUGUCCUCUUGUUGUGGUAGUUUUUCUUCUUUUAAAUAUAGUCUCCUCCUUUUGGUUUAAACUAAAAUUGGCAAAACUGUAUUAAGGUAUAAUUAGUAUAAUGUUUUCCUGCUCUGACUGACUGAUUCAUUGUUUGUAUCAUGUUUUGUUAAUUCUUUAUCGUCUUUGACCAUUUUGUAUAAAAUAUUUUUUUUAAUGUAUUUUGUAUGACAAUCAAAUAAAUAAAUAAAAAAUAAAUAAAUAUAGUCUCCUCCUUUACUGUGUUGAUUCCCUUUAUGUAUUUAAAUGUUUCUAUCAUAUCCCCCCAUCUCGUCUUUUCUCCAAGCUAUACAUGUUAAGUUCCUUUAACCUUUCCUGGUAAGUUUUAUCCUGCAAUCCAUGAACCAGUUUAGUAGCCCUUCUCUGAACUCUCUCUAAAGUAUGAAUAUCCUUCUGAAGAUACGGUCUCCAGUACUGCGUACAAUACUCCAAGUGAGGUCUCACCAGUGUUCUGUACAAUGGCAUGAGCACUUCCUUCUUUCUACUGCUAAUACCUCUCCCUAUACAACCAAGCAUUCUGCUAGCAUUUCCUGUUGCGCUAUUACAGUCUGCCUACCUUUAAGUCAUCUGAAACAAUUCGUUCAAAUUAGUUUUUUGCAUUUUUCACACACAAACAAAUAAUAACACUAAAUUUGGCCAGUGUUUGUGACCAAGUGGCUACUAAAAAAGACUGGACAUACUCCAUUUGCAAUACCUUGGGUUGUCUACAUUUGCAAAUGGUAUGCCAUCAUGGGGGUAAUUCUCAUUCCUCGGCUACCAUACAGUCUCAAAGGCAACGUAACCAAUCUGGUGAAUUUCAAUGUGAAAAACUGAAAAAUGUAACAUGCUAUAUUUGACCCUGUAACUUCCUACAAUACCAUAAAACCUGUACAUAGGGGGUACUGUUUUACACAUGAGACAUCGCUGAAUACAAAUAUGUGUAUUUUAUUGCAGUAAAAAGCAAACAGUAUUAUGAUAUUCACAGUUAAAAUGUCACGUAGAACUAAAAAAAAUAACAACAUUUCUUAUUUUCUCCCAUUUUGUUUAUAUUUUAUUCAUAUUAAAUUAUGUUUCAUAGCUAAAUAUUUGAUGUUAAAUGAAAGCCCUGUUUCCCCUGAAUAAAAUGAUAUAUAAUAAGGGUGGGUGCAUUUACUAUGAAAGAGGUGAAUUACACCUGAACAGACAUAUAGCGCAAGUUUUUGUUUACGUUUUGUUUUGAUCACAACGUGUACAUUUGGCUCACUCCUUAAGGGGUUAAUGUAAGUGUUCUUUUGUCUACUGCCUGUCCCUGCAGGCUUUUUAAUGUAAACACUGCGCAGUAAUUACGUUGUUGCCUAGGAACACCUCCAGUGGCAGUCACUCAGACAGCCACUAGAGGUGCUUUCUGGGUCCAGCACUGACGUUCAGCGUCUCCACGCUCUGCACGGAGACACUGAACUAUCCUCAUAGAAAUUAAUUAAGAGAUUAAAUCAAUGUAUCGCCAUGAGGAGAUGCUGAUUGGCGCAGUACGGCGUUUUGAUGUGCAUGUGCAAUAGCCAUCCAAUGCUUUCCUAUUGGAAAGCAUUGGAUUGGCUGAGAUCAUCUAAUUUGAUGAUCUCAUUAAGGAGGCGGAGUGAGGGGAACAGCCACAAGGAGACCCAGGUGGCGCUGGAAAAAAGGUGAGUAACUUACCUUUUUAACAGGCUGGAGGAGGGGCCUAAUUUUAACCUAUAGUGUCUAUAAUGUUUCUUAGAGUGGCUUGUAACAUUUAACACGUUGUUCAUAAUUUAAGACGCAAUAUUUAGAGGCCUGCAUACCUCAUACAAACACACUGCCACGAUUCACACAUACCCUCUUAUACAUACUGCCCUGUUACACAAAAAACACAUAAAAAUACUACCCUACUAAAAAAAUUUUUUUAUUUAAAUAUAUUCUGAAUCCACACAACUAGACACUACACACAAAUAAAUACAUAUAUUCACUUACACUAGCACUCACAGUGAAUAUACACACAAACAUACAUCCACUCACUCAAAUCAAAUACACAGUACAUCUACACCAGCAUGAAUGCUGGUCUGCAGGGGGUCCAAGUCCUAAUUUUGUCCGGGAGCCCAGGCCAUUGUCAGUCCUUCCCUGAGCCUCAUUGUUGUGGAGCUCUGUGAAAUAUUCACACACAAAGCACAGUUCAGAGCAGUGGAGCUCUGUGAUAUAUUCAUACACACCAAACAUAUUGAACUAUGUGUAAAGAAAGGCACCAGGCACAUAGAGAUUGGGUCUAAAAAACAGAGAUUUGAUAAGUUUAAAGGGACAAUAUAGUCACCAAAACCACUACAGCUUAAUGUAGUGGUUCUGGUGUCUAAAGCCUGUCCCUGCAGGCUGUUCAAUGUAAACACUGCCUUUUCAGAGAAAAGGCAGUGUUUAUAUUGCUGCCUAGUAACACCUCUAGUGGCAGUCACUUACACGGCCACCAGAGGUGCUUCCUAGCUCAGUGUUGCAGUGUGCAGCACUGACGUUCAGCAUCUCCAUGCUCUGCAUUGAAGCACUGAACACUGCCCAUAGAGAUGCACUGAUUCAAUGAAUCUCUAUGUGGAGAUGUUGGUUGGCAAUGCCUUUUGAUGCACAAUAACUUUCCAAUGCUUUCCUGUAGGAUUGGCUGAGAUCAUCAAGAUUGAUGAUCUUAGUCUUGGAGGCGGGGCCAGCCACAGCAAGACUGGUGCGAUGUGGUAAAAAAGGUAAGUUUAAUAUCUUUCCAGUGCGAUCUAAGCAGGGCCGGGUACCUAAAUAGUUUGUUUGUAUUCCUGACACUAUAGUGUUCCUUUAAAUUAAUAAAUGCAUUCCCUCAUUGUGAUUCUCCUAAUUUCCGGCUGUUACAGUUCUUUGCAUAAUACUUAUGUUUCAAUCCUUGUUAAUCUACUCUGUUUGUUUCCUCUAAAAGUUUUAAGAACGCUUGACUCCCCCAAUUGUGCCGGCUCCACCAGUAACGCGUGUAAGGAGAUGUAUCGCUGUUACCGAUAUCAAUGUUUAUGUAUGUCCCCAUGUGAUGUGUAGGAGCCUUAAAAAACAUCUGUUUCUGUACUAAUGAUCUUUUGCAUUUGUUUGGAUUUACUCCUGAGCAAUCUGGAACUGAUAAUAUUGUUUAUAUACGUCUCUUUGUAAUGUACAGAAAUUUGGCAAAAGUCUUUUUUUGUCUUUUUCGUAAUCAGUUGUCUGCAAAUCUCCCACUUUACCUGCUCCGUGUGUUCUCUCCAGCUGGGGGAUAUAUCUCUGCUGCCAAGGGCUGCAUGCUUUAUAUUUUAUAUAUUGUCUGCUAAAAUAUUAAUGUGGCAUCUUCUGUAUUCAUUUACCUGCACAGUGAUAAGGGGCAGUCUAAGCACCAUAAUCACUGCAGGCUGAUCUAGUGGUUAUAGUGCUAUUAGGCUGCGGGUCCCUGCUUAUCGUAAUUGCAAAUGUAGACGUUUCAAGUCCAGCGGAGGCUGGUCCACAGCGGCAAGUUGGGGCAUUGCCCCUAUUCCCAAAUUUGAUGUCAAUAUUAAAAAAAGAAAUUAUAAAAUGUAUUGGUGUGAUAAGUACGUACAAGUGUGUUAAAAGAGAAUGUGAUGUGUUUGUUAUGGUUAGUUCUGCAGUUUGAUGGCUGGAGAUGAUGCUGAAAGGCACUAUAAACAUGCUUAGCAUACUCGAACAGGAUCUCUGACAUCACCCAUUGGCUUUGCUUUGGGCCCUGAGAUCCUGGAUGCCUAAUAGGUAUGCCUGCAUGUUGCCCUGUGUUCUAGAGCUGUCAUUGGGUAAUAACAGUGGGUGGAUUAGGCCUCUGUUGUUGUUGCCGUUGUUCUGUAUCUGUAUCUGUUUAUGGUGUUGAAUAAGGCGUGCCCUCCCAUUGAAUCUGGGUUUAAAAACAUUGAAUUGAAUGAGGAAAAACCAAAAGUCAGGGGGCAUCUAUGAACAUUGCCAGCUACCACUCUCCCCGUUGGCCAUUCCAUCAAUAUUUGGAUGACUGGGCAUGUUAUAGGUCCUUUGGUUUGUGUCAAGCCUCCUUGCACCAUAACUACAACAGGUUCUAUGGUGUUUUUUUCUUUCCGAUCCUUGUUGAUUACUAAUGGUAACAAGGGACGCUGCUAUUUAUUUCCGUUUAACCAUCUAUUUGUGUUUUUAGUUAUAUUGGUAAAUUAUAAAUGUGUAGUGAAUGUUUAGAAUCUUGAAAUUAAAUUCAUAUAUUCAUAUACUUACCAGGCCGAGGCAGAUGCUUUAUUCUGGAGGGUUUUUUUGUUUUUUUUUGUCAAUCUUUAAUUUUUUCAAAGCAUUUGAGUAAAACAUGACAUACAAUCGAAUCAAGAGUUAUGGCACAUGAACAAACAAUUACACUAAAGUAAAAUAAACUCCAGGGAAAAACAGCCUUAAUUUUCCUUUAAAAAAAAAUAACAAUAAAAAGCACAGUGUAUGUGAUGUAUUAAUAGAUGGAAACAAAUGAUGAUUGUAUGCACGAUUGACUGAGGAUAAGAAAACUGAGGAUAAGAAAACUGUGAGUCCUUCAUAGAAGAAAAGAAGAAGACAGAAAUAAAGUUCCUUCUGAAUUUGUAGGAACGGUGGAUGUGUGGUUGGGACAUCUUGCCAGGUGUAGAGAGUACUUCAGCUUAGCUUAGAAUGCCGGCUGGGGCCAGACAGAGUCCUGCAAUGUGAGUCCUGAUAUCUGGCCCAGAAGCCCACAUGAGAGAGAACAGAGGAACGCAGGGUGGUGUUCAGGUAGGCUGUUUGUGGUGCACCUGAUUCUUACUAGUGGCAGCCCGUAUGGAGAUUGGCUAUUUACAACUCACACCAUUGUUUAGGGUCAGUGUUAAUUUUGUCGACUUACAAUUUUAGUAAAAUUUAACAUUUAGUCGACUAAAACUAAAACAUGACUAAAACUAAAAUGGCUUUUUAGUCAAAAGACUGUGACUAAAACUAAAUUGAAAUUUGCUGCCAAAAUUAUCACUGCACAAAGGGGCUAUGGAAGCGGCAAAAGAGACAGACCAGGGCUUGGGAGAGAGACACCUAGAGUGGCUGGAAGGACACAAAGAGACACAGAGGGGCUGUGGAAGGGGCAAAAGAGACAGACAAGGGCUUGGGAGAGAGACACCUAGAGGGAUUGGGAGGACACAAAGAGACACAGAGGGCCUGGGGAAGGGCAAAAGAGACAGAUAGAGGCUUUACUGUAGGUGCUGUAGGCACCCAGACCACUCCAGCUCAUUGAAGUGGUUUGGGUGCCAACUCCCAUCACCCUUAACACUGCCCAGUGUAAUUAUUGCCGUUUCUUAUAAACUGCAAUAUUUACCUUGCAGGGUUAAGUCCUUCUCUACUGGCUGUCUCUGAGACAGCCACUAGAGGGACUUCCAGCUUCUUAGACGACUUUUGGUCGUGCAAACGACGAUGGAUGUCCUUGAGCUAUGCAUGAGAACCUGCAGCAGGGAUUAUCAACAAAGAGGGCAGUAGGAGUGCGGGUGGAGCGAAGGUAGGGUUAACCAAUGUGUAAUAUCCACCUCUUUAAUGAGAUUGCAGCGGGAGAGCGGAGGGCCAGGUAAACCAUGACAGUUUCCUUUUAGUCCGACUGUACAUGCCACAGGGCAAGAGCCUCUGGCUCCCGGGUAAGUUGUCAAAUUAUUCUAAAAUGGUUUGACUCAUAGUUGCCCAUAGUGAUUAUUUAUGUUGCUUGAAAUUAUCCUUUUAUUAUCUUUUAUUUUCUCUCUUGAAAGUUAGACAUAAACCAGAAUUCACAGUCUGCUUGUAGAUUUAUUUUAGUAGUUCAUUUUAAAGUUAUAAUUACAAUCUGUUCUGUCUAUUUCUUAAAGUGGCACUGUCUAUCCGAACUUACCCCAAUCGCUUCCUCUUCUCUCCGUCUCUCAGGAUCUGUUCUUCUUUUUUUUCCUGUCUGCUCUAGUUUUCUUUAAAACAUAAGACAAAGUAGGGACUACUUUGUCUUAUGGAGGUUUCCUACGCCUGACCUGCUUCUCGCGGUCAAAGGAAUUUUCCCACAAUUCUCACCUGAACUCGCGAUGCCUUACAUUUAGAGCCACCACCCACCACUCAUGGGUGGGAGUCAGGGGGGGGACAAUAUUUUCCCCCUAUUUUCAUGCAGGGGGCCGCUCAUGGUUGGGGGCCGGGGAAAGGACCUAUGCACCCCCCAUUGUCACUUGGGCCCCCACCCGCCGCCCAUGGGGCCUGGGGCGGGGACAAUAGGUCCCCUGUCAUUGUCACUAUGUCCCCUCCGCUAGUUAAUAGUUAGGUGGAGGAAGCUUUUUUAAUAGAUGGGGGGGUUUACAACAGUGACAUGCCCCCUACUCGCGGCAGAGUGAGUAGAGGCAUUCGGGAGAUUUUAAUCUCCCUUAUGCUAUUAUGGGGGUCACAUUGAAUAAUCCUGUUUGUUUACAGAAUCAUCGCAGAAAGCCCACAAAGAUGUAAUAGUGGUAUAAAACUUGGCAGAAUUUUGAAAGACAAAAGAUAGACAGACAGACAGACAGAUAGUCUUUUUUAUUAUAUGAACAUUUUCACAGCAAUUUUUACUAUGUUUAAAACUUUUAUCUAUGCCUUGACAAAUCACAUGCAACAAAUACAAACUAAUGUGUCUUUUUAACACUCCAUUUGUUAUAUAUUUACAUGUUCAUUUUCUUUGCUAUUUAAUGUAACAAUAGCUUUAUAAUCACUAUUUUCUUUAGUGACAUAUAAAGCACAAAUAACAAAAUAUGAUAUAAAAUCAUUAUGACAAAGUUUAUUUUUUUAUUUUUCCUUUCAAGUAGUUUAAUAGACCUCUCCUUAUUUCCUGGAUAGCAAUAUGAUUCUUCACACACUUCCACUUGAAAAAGCCUGCUGGUGAAACGCGUUGUGGACAUUUUAAUAACUGUAUUGUAUUUUAUUAAAGGUAUUUUGGUUACUUCCUCUCUGUGAGUUGCCAUUUUACUUUUUUAUUUUAUUUUAAUACUUUUUUACCUGGCUCCUGAGUUUUUCUCCUGUUCCAGUGAGACAUUAGUCCAAAGAAUCCUAGGUGGGGAUUAUACCACUCAAGCCCUAUACAUUGAACAGUCUGCCUGCUCAUGUAAAUGUGAGUAACCACUUUAUAUUUUAUUUUCGUACUCCUGUUUUUUAAAUAGAGAACACUGCUCCUUUUAUAUUUCAUAUGACCCUCCUUCAGACAAGACACCAUCUCACGUAUCCAAUAAGUGGGGAUUAUACCACUGAACGUACUUCAUACUAGAGCUGGUUUUUUAGCUCUUUAAAACGUGAGUAGGAUCAUAUCAGACUUUUUACCAGCCUGCUACCUGCUUGUUGAAUAUAUCACACCAUCAGUUGUUUCUUUUAUCUCCACAUACAGACUUUAAGAAAACCACUACAUUACAGAGCGACUACCCAUUUAUAGAACUAUCGUUCUGUACGUCCAGAGUCUUAGCAAGAUUUUACUGAACUCUGUUUCUGGAACUCUCUAGCUUCAUUUUAUUAUUAAUUAUUAUUAUUUUUAACAUUAUUACAUAGUUGCCUUAUCUGUAUUUAUUGGCGCCGCCUAUCUCCCACCUUCUUUUCAAUAUAAUUCUUACCAGAUAUACAUAACAAACCAAUAUUUUCCUCUAGGCUGUACAAUAGUUUUGUAGACGAUAAUAUAUACAUUUAUGAUAUCUCCACGCUAUAGUGUUCAUUAAAAGUUUAAUGUUCAUUCCUGUGCGUUAUUAACAAACCGUGCAGAAAACACUCCCUUGACUCUCCCUGUAAUGCACAGUACAUUUCUUUAAUAGAUGAUGUCCAAUCUAUACAAUAUACUGUAACAUAAAAGAUGUUGCAAAACUGCAGCUCUUGUUAGCCAAAUCCCCGCCGAGCAAAUCUUUUGUUUCCGUGUCUACAAUAUAUUAAAACUCUAGGCUCAGCAGUGCCAGGUUCAGGGGGAUUCUGCCUAUGAAGCAAAAACGUUAAACCUUCUAUAGCUGCCGUAUUGUUACAUGAACCUCGCGAUACCAGCUCCUGUCUGCCCUGCAAUAUAUAUUGGGUUGUCCAAAUUUUCGAUCUGUCAGAUUUCUUGGCUAGUGCGUUGGGUUGGACAGGAUCCAGUAGAAAGAUGUCUCAAUAUUCUGGAAAAGUAAGUGAUUAAUGAUUUUUUAAACAUUUUAUUUAUUCAUUUACAUUUGUAUUUAUUUAUUUUUAGUAAGCAUUUUGUACUAUAAGUAUAGGGCUCUCUGUAGGAGAUACGCAGGGAAAAAAAUAGCGAACAAUUGUCAUACUAUAAAUUCAUAAUUAUAAUAAAUUCCAAAAUGCAACGAUUAACGGUGUUGCAGUCAAUGCGUGUUUAAAAAAAAAAAAAAAAUACAUUUUGGUUCCCUUUCCAUUUGGGCAGUCAGGAUAAAAAUGAAAGUUUAAUGAAACUUAAAUAAAUGGACAAUUAUGCCAUCUGAGUCCUUCUUUACAGUAGAAUGGCACUGCAAGAAAGUAAAUAUUAGAGCUAAUUCUUAAAAAAAUAUAAAAAAAAUCACACUUUUGAUAUAGCUCACAUGAGCAGAGGACAUCUGUAGAAUCUGAGAGUUAAAGGAUUCCUUUGAGGUUUAAACCUCGUUUAGACAUUUUAUAUGAUGCUUGUAUCUGAUGUGAAUGUAGCCAACCAGUUACAUUCCAGGCAGCAUCUGCCCUGUCUAACUGUUUGGAACAUCGACAGCCCCAACAAUCAGAAGUUUGUGAAGUUUGCCAUAUAAUAAAAAAAGCUAAAAACUAUACAUUUAGUUUUCAAUUAUAGUGACUGCUCCUUUAAGUAUUAAUUAAAGUAGAUGUUCCUGGGUUGCUGAUGGCUAUUUUAUGUCUUUGCUAUCAUAAUUGCAGAAACAUAUUUAAUUUCAGCUAGAAUAUAUCGAGCUGUAGAUCAGAUUUCUCCAUAUUCAAUAGAAUGUUCUGCAUUUUAAUAUGGUUAGGAGCUUACGACAAUUUGAGGUUUAUGUUUGUAUUUAUAAAUUUCUUUUUGUGGAAACUGCUUCCACGUUACAUGUACCAUUGCAAUAAAGGAGCCAUUCUGUGGGUUUUUUUUUUUUGUGCUAAAAUGUAAUAUAAUUUCUCUCAACACGACAGCAUGACUUGCACAAUACUGAGUUUUGAAUCCUGCCAAAGAUAUCUCUUGCCAAAGCAGUGUCAGUGGAAACCAAUCACUUAAAUGUUUAAACAGCUGAACUGGGCCAGUUUGGUUUGAAAUACAAAUCUUACAGUGCCCCGUGUAGAAAAGUCCAAUAACAAAAAAAGUUAUAAAAACAAUUAAAGAAUAUUAUCUGAGAGCCUAUUCACAACAUAAACAUUCAUGUAAAAGGAUUGGCCAAAAAGUGCUGAGUAUAAAACCUUAAAGGAAAACGGUCACAUGUAGGUUUUUGGCACAAUCUCAAAUCUACGUAAAUGUUAGCUGUGGGGUGUUCUCUCCCUGGCCUUUCUUAGCUAAUGCUCAUAUCUGAUCAUUAAUAUUUUUUUGCAUUGGAGAUGGGGGGUGGGGGUGUGGGGGAGGGAGGAAGGGGGAUGGAGUGGAACUGUCACUCUCAGAUAUGUAAAAAAUUAGAUUUUUAGUUUAUCUAUACUAAAUAUAACUCUGUUAACAAUAUUUCUGUUGUUUUUAAAAGUCACUCCCUCUCCUCCUAUGGGGGCCGCGUUCACCAAACUGUACAGCAGAAUUGAACCAACGAUGAUAAAUAACACAUGCCUGGGAUUUGAUAAUACUAAAAGAAGGGCUGACUGUAUAUGUUCACCGCAUUCCAUUGUCUUCAAAAUGUCAGGGCUUUUUUUUCAUACAAUGUAAAUUGUGAACAAGCACUCCCUCAUAAACCAACUGUAUGAAUUGAGAAAAGCAGUCCUCAAGGUAGGUCUGUGAAAUUUAACCAAAUGAUGAAGUCUGCAUUAUUAUUAUCCUACCCAGCCAUGUGAGAAUGGUUUGUUAGUGGUGUCCAAACGGCCAUGAAGGGAUCAGUAUCCACAACUUUCCAAUAUCCAGCUUUUUAUCAGGGUGAGAAGCACAGAACAAAGUCAACAGCCCUUUCAUAAUUAUCUCUAAAGGAAAUUUUUUGUCAAAGACCAGCUAUCGGUCACGCCAUCUUUGUUUUUAUUGUCUGGGAGCACAAAUAAAUAUUAUAAGUUAACCUGAAACCUGGGUGCUUUCUUUCUACAAAUGGAGGUAAACUAUGGAUCCUUCUGGAACAAACCUCUUACCAUGGCUGUCAAGCCAUAUGUUUACCUUAUUUACACACCAUCACACAAGCCUUGUAUCCAUUCUGAAUUAUGGAGACGCCCUGUGUAAAAUUAUAUCUGCCUCUCACUCUUCACCUUUAUUUCCAUUUACCAAAUGGCAAUCUUUAUCUCGACUAUCUAGUCAGGUGCUACAGGGAAGUUACAAGUGGCUCACGUUUAUUUAAUGGGAUUCCAAAAUAUCCCCCGACAGGAGGAUGGGCACAAGUCCACACAACUUGACCAGUUCAGCUUCGUCCAGUUAUGUCAUGAAGAAAGGAUGCAAGAUAUAAUUAUACACACAGGGCAUACCUCAACACUACAUACAGCCUCAUUUAUAUAUGAAAUCCCUGUGAAGUGCUUCUUUGUCUUAUUACUCUCUGACAGAGACUGCUAAAAACUGUUUAACCCCUUAAGGACACAUGACAUGUGUGACAUGUCAUGAUUCCCAAUUAUUCCAGAAGUUUGGUCCUUAAGGGGUUAAACAGUUACUCUAUGCACCCUAACCCCUACUACACUCAUAGUGGGUUUGAUGCCGGUAUGCACCUGGUGCCAUUCUGUGGUUUUGUUAAGCCAUUUUCCAGAGAUUUAAAAAAAAAACACCAACACUACACAAACACCAACACUACACACAAAAGCACACCUGCAUUCAAAAUCCCAAGCUACUUACAAAAACUCAGUUGACAUUCCAAUGGCAACAGUACAUACAAAUACACAUCUACUUUCACAGGCAUAUUCUAUACAAAAACAUGAUUAUAUUCAAACACCCACACACUACUCACAAAUACAACCCUGCAAGGAUGGGCAAAUGUUAGAUCUCCAGCUGGCGUAGCAUUGGGGUAGUUGUAUGACACAAGGGGAUCUAUUUUAUAUCAUUCUUGUACUAGAUGGGGGCACAAAACUAUUCUUGCACCUCUCUACAUUAGUUCUGCCACUGAUGAGGAGGCCAACAACAUUAGCCCAGAAAUUUUGUUCAUUAAAGGAACACUAUAGGCAUCAAAGUAACUUUAGCUUAAUGAAGCAGUUUUGGUGUAUAGAACACACCCCUGUAGUCUCACUGCCAUUUAGGAGUUAAAUCACUUUUGUUUCAGUUUAUGCUGCCGUAGCCAGACCUCCCCUGUAACUGACAAAGCCUGAAUGAAAACAAAAUGUUUUAAUUUUAAUCAGCUGUUGAUUUGUUUUAGAUGUUUUUAUCUCCUGUUCUGUAAAUGUAACUUACAUAUAUGCUUUAGAAUGAUAUUAACAGAGCAGGAAAUAAGGCUUUUUAAAGACUGUGCAAUAAAUAAAGGGUCAACAUUAGAUGUCUCUUUACAGGCAGUGUUUAGGACGUCUGUGUAAGUCAUGUGCAGGGAGGUGUGACUAGGGCUGUAUAAACAAAGUGAUUUAACUCCUAAAUGACAGAUAAUUGAGCAGUGAGAUUGCAGGGGCAUGAUCUAUACAGCAAAACUACUUCAUUAAGCUAAAGUUGUUUUGGUGCCUAUAGUUUCCCUUAAGUAAAAACAGGGGGGUAGGUGCAGCACUUCAAUAAUUCUGGACAAGGUAUAGGUGAAGAGAACAGAGAAGAAAUAAUAGUGUAGUAUUUUAAAACUUUAUUGGUGCACUUGAUCCAUAGGCUGGGAUUAUUCCGAACAGGCACAUACACUGGAGCUGCAUUGAAGCUCCAGGAAAGUGUGAGUGCACAUCUUUUAUCUUACCUAUCACCACUACAGUUUUAAAAUACUACACUAUUCUUCUAUGGUUCUCUCCACAUAUACCUUGUCAAGAAUUACUGAAGCACUGCACCUACCCACCUGUUUUUAUCCAGUUUUCUGAUUGGAAAAGAGAGACUGCUUGGUGUUCAAGCUGCUUUUGGACUAUUAUAAUUUUGCUUCCGCGCUGAAUUUAUUUUUGUGUGAUUGAGUUUCCCUUUUAUGUCCACAUAUUGAGAAAUGUCUAUAUCAGAGUUUGAAUAUUACAGAAUAAUGCAAUUUGUAAAUCCUGGUAAGUCAGUGAUACGUACCUUCCGGAAAAGCAACAUUGCUCCUUAAUUAAGCAGAAUCUCUGCUUCUCACUUACAGAGAAAUUUUAGCAACACCUAGAUAUGGGAUUCAAAUAGACCAACAUUCCACAACCUACCUUGUGCUUAAUCCAUGUGAGACAUCAAGAUAUAAAUAUGUGUUUUUACACAUGGCCAUUCUAGAUUAAUCUUUCCAGAAUGUGACCAAAGCUUUGUUUUUGUUUAAAACGUAUUUAUGACCUCCCGCUCAAUCCCCCCAUAUUGAUCAAGAUGUAAUUACAUGGGCUGCCUUUAAAGUGUUGAACUUGUCACAUACAGCAAAUUGUUUGUCAGGUAUGUACACCCAUCUAAACGUUACUUAAUUCCGGUUUUAAUGAUGAGCGCAUGCGCUCUGAUCAAGUGAAAUGGUCCUAUCAAAUGCUUCUCUGUGAAGCAUGAAGCUGACCAGAAGGGAAUGACUUGGCCAAAUGUUGGACCGGUCAUUGAAGACCCUUGCCUGGCCUUGGAUUGCUGAAGGUUUUAGACGGUAAUGGGGGAGAAGGGGGUGGGGGGGGGGGGGGGGCUAUUAACUAGUGUCCAACAGGGCACUAUCAAGACAAAAUAAUGAAAGGCAAAAAAAAAGUUGGAGUAACCCUUUAAAGAAAAAAAAGUCAGCUUUCUGUUUUUACUUUUUAGCAGCGUAUGCAGAGAUCCAUAUUUUAUAGAUUUUCAUAGUUUCUACUAGAGAAAUCUCCAAUCAACAUUUUAGAUUGUCAUGUAAAAAAAUUUAUUUGGUAGCGAUGAUAUGUUCAAUCAAGAAACAUUUAAGAGUAACAUGGUGUCUAAUUCUUUGUUUAGAUAAUUUUUUACGAGGGAAAAUGCUUCACAGGACGCAAGUUGGAGGUGUUCGGAGACUGCGAUAAUUUCCAGGAUAGGGGGUUCAUGAAUCGUGUGAACUCUAUUAAGGUAGAAAGUGGAGCCUGGAUCUGUUAUGACCACCCUGACUUUAAAGGACAGCAGUAUAUCCUGGAAAGGGGGGAGUAUCCGGACUUUCAUCGCUGGAAUGGACACAACGACCACAUGGGGUCCAGUCGACCUGUUAGAAUGGUUUGUAUUACAUUUGAAGAUUUGCAUUGUGGGUAGUUUUUCAUUAAUGGGACACGAUAGGCAUCCUAACUACUUUAUCUCACUGAAGUGAUUAUAGUGUCCGGCGUCCCAUAACGCUGUCUUUCCAUUCAGUGUUAAACUGUUUUUAAUGUUUUAAUGCUAAACCAGAGUUCCCAAACGCUCAGUGCUGUUUGGGCCAAUGAGGAAGUAUUAGCAUGAGUGACAAUGGACCCUGUGAUUGGCUGAGAAUGUCAGCUGACCAAAUACAGCCUAUCACUGUACUUAUUGCUGGUAUGACUCACUAUGGUUAGAAGGAAGUGUGUAAUUUCUGCCUUAGCCACACCUCCAGUGGGGGUGGUACUCUCAUUCAGUGGUACACUGGUCUAAACCCGUUUAACACUCAAUGAAGUGACAGCGCCAGUGGACUCCAGGUACUAUAACCAAUUCAGUGAGACUAAAUGGUAAUAGUGCCUACAGUGUCCCUUUAACCAGGUGGCUAACACACUGUGAUUGGUGCUUCCAUCAAAAAUUCUGGGGCCUAUUUAAAGGAUUCCGGGCAUUUGCCCAUUGCAGACUGCUCCAUCUUACUCCUCUCCUCUCAUUUUUCAUUUCAGUUCUCCUCCCACUUAUUUUCAAUCCCUUUAAUUUUCCCAUGUUCAAUUUAACUUUUCUUACUCGCCCACCUGAUAUUCCCUCUCAAUUUCAGUUUCUCAAACCACUUUACCUCCCUGGCCCAGAUACCCAUUUCUUUGUCGCUCUUUGCCCCAUUUACCCUUUUCGUUAUACUUCUCCGCCCCAUUUACCCCAUAGUCUGGUUGUUGUCUGAUGCCCUUAUAACAGGUCAGCUUGAUGAAGUCAAGACAUUCCAAUAUAGAUGUUAAAUUAUGUCAUAUUUCUGAUAAUAAAUAAUAUAAUGUACCAUAUUCUCUUCAAUCUAGAAAUUAAUCCUGUGCAACAGAUAGUCAGCACAGAUACUGAAUUUACACAGAGACAAUGCAGAAAUGUGAAAAAUGAUCCCAUCAAAAUAUGACUUGAACGGCCCUUACUCUCUGGAUUUUGAGGAGCCUCAUAAUUUCUAAUUCUUUCAUUAACUGGUCAACUAAUGCCUCUCGUCUCUAGUUUUGUGUCUGCAGAUAAUUUUGCAACAUUGGGCCCUGGAGCUAGAUAGAAACACAUAAGCCAUCUCCAUAAGCCAUCUCUCAACUCUUACUAACCUGCUGCCCUCUGUUCCUUCCGCUCCAGCACGGUGAACAUUACAGACUGGAACUUUUCGAAGGGUGCAAUUUCACUGGCCAGUGCAUGGAAUUCUGCGAGGACUGCCCCUUCUUGCAAGGAAGAGGGUGGAACAAGAACUGUGUGAAUGCAUUGAAAGUCUAUGGCGAUGGCGCGUAAGUAAUGAAGUGUGAGGGGCUGGGAGAUCUAGAAUAAUGUGUCAGUAUCUAUAAAUUCACAUGCCAUGGCAUGUUUUUCAUUACAUUAUCUUUACUUCAAAGUAAAAGAAAACAAAAACACUUUUACAACAUUAGUGCUUUCCAACCAAUGGUAAGUGUUGAUCACCUUCUGACCAAACAUUUAAUCUCUAGAGCACACAAAGAUGUAACAAAAACAUGUAGAAAUCAUUUGCACACAACACAUAAUCAUAUGAGGAAACAAACUAGACUUUUCUAGAAGAGUAUGGACAUAUAAAUCCUCCCAAAUAAUCUACCUGAAACCCCGACAAAUCCUUAUUGGCAGAGUUUACUGUCAGAGAAUCCAUGCUCAUUGGUGGGCUGGCAAGGCAGACAGGAGGCAACUGUGCCCAAAUUCUACUACCAUACAGGUCUUGUUGGCUGCAGCCUCACACCGUUCUUCUGCGGCGUUAAAAUAGCAGAAGGUGUGUUGGGAUGUCUGUUGGUGCAUUCCCUGGAGGUAUUUAUAUGUGACUGUAGGAUGAUGUAGUGCUCACAGUCACAGGUGCAAAUAUCUCAGUUAGUUCUCCUUCCUGUUGCACAUAUCAUAUUGAUGGAGGUUGUAGGGAUGUAUGAUGUCAAACCAUGACACUCCAGCAGCCUCCAUCUGUCAAAUCCAUGUAUCUCAUGAUGGCAUGAGUAGGACCAUCCACACAGAUAUAUGUGAGUUUUGUGUGCAAGAAGAUGACAAUUGUUGUGCCCUGUUGCCAGUUCUGCCCUGAUUCCCAUAUAGAUGCCAAUGCCUUGGGCAAUGUACUGGAACCAUUACAAAGACAAUGGCGGGUCAGUAUAAUGAACUCGCUGCCAGUGGGAAAUUGUAGAAAAUCUACUAAACCAAAGUCAUUUAAUCAAACCUUAGGACAUUUGCCCCCAUCUACCUCCUCAGCUUGUCCUUGGACAUCUGUGAUCCUUGUCUACCCCAACAUCUAAAUGGGCCUUACCAUUCUGGAGAUGUUUCCGUAGUGUUAAAUAGAGACCAAGAGAUAGUCUCGUUAUUUUAAAUAGUGCAACAAGCAAAGUGAUCUCAUAAAGAACUAAGCUCUGCUGAUGAUUUCCUCCCAACUGAUUCUUAUUUUGUCUUUUAGCUGGGUGCUUUAUGAAGAGCCCAACUACCGUGGACGUAUGUACAUUGUGGAGAGGGGAGAUUACCGCAGCUUUAACGAAUGGCAGGCCCAGAGUGCAAAUAUUCAGUCCAUCAGACGGGUGGUUAAUUACUUCUAA